AUGUGGCUCUAUGCCCUGAGCUAUCUUUCCACCUGUCAAGCAGGUGACAUUUCUAGAUAAAAACAGAAAGCUUCCAGCAGAAGUCUGCGCUCUCUGUCCAGCAGUUCCUACACGUGUCAGAUGGUAGUGUGACGUCCGAAGAUGCAAACGUCAUCAAUCACGUGGUAUUGUUACGUUGAUACAAGCAUCGGUACUUUUCUAUCAGAUCAGAGUGCCUUGAAAAUGUAAGACAAGCUUCCAAGUUUUGAUAUCACGCGUCCCAUCAAUACUCUGUAACAUAUGAUGCUGAGCACAGGAGGUUGGUGGCACCUUAAUUGGGGAGGACAGGCUCGUGGUAAUAACUGGAGAAGAAUCGGUGGAAUGGUAUCAAAUACAUCAAACACAUGGUCUCCAGCUGUUUGAUGCCAUUCCAUUUGCUCCGGUCCAGACAUUAUUAUGAGCCGUUCUCCCCUCAGCAGCCUCCUGUGAUGCUAAGUUAUGGUGUGUCCCAUCACUACUCUAUACUAUAAAGUAUGACGCUAAGGUAUGGUGUGCCCCAUCACUACUCUAUACUAUAAAGUAUGACGCUAAGGUAUGGUGUGUCCCAUCACUACUCUAUACUAUAAAGUAUGACGCUAAGGUAUGGUGUGUCCCAUCACUACUCUAUACUAUAAAGUAUGACGCUAAGGUAUGGUGUGCCCCAUCACUACUCUGUACUAUAAAGUAUGACGCUAAGGUAUGGUGUGCCCCAUCACUACUCUAUACUAUAAAGUAUGACGCUAAGGUAUGGUGUGCCCCAUCACUACUCUAUACUAUAAAGUAUGACGCUAAGGUAUGGUGUGCCCCAUCACUACUCUAUACUAUAAAGUAUGACGCUAAGGUAUGGUGUGCCCCAUCACUACUCUAUACUAUAAAGUAUGACGCUAAGGUAUGGUGUGCCCCAUCACUACUCUAUACUAUAAAGUAUGACGCUAAGGUAUGGUGUGUCCCAUCACUACUCUACACUAUAAAGUAUGACGCUAAGGUAUGGUGUGUCCCAUCACUACUCUAUACUAUAAAGUAUGACACUAAGGUAUGGUGUGCCCCAUCACUACUCUAUACUAUAAAGUAUGACGCUAAGGUAUGGUGUGCCCCAUCACUACUCUAUACUAUAAAGUAUGACGCUAAGGUAUGGUGUGUCCCAUCACUACUCUACACUAUAAAGUAUGACGCUAAGGUAUGGUGUGUCCCAUCACUACUCUAUAACGUAUGAUGUGUAUCCUACUUACCUGAUGAAAUAUUACGUUAUUUAUCAGGUGGGUCAUUUGCAGGUCAGAGCUGAGGAUGCCAGGGUGGUGUGUUUAAAUUGCAUCGGGAAACUUUUUGUUUUAGAUGUUUUGUUGUUGCUGCUCAGCAGUGGCGCUUUGUUGGAGGCUGUCUGUGUUGGUCAGAAAUGUGCUUUGAAGAUAGCCACACUCUGGCCCUGAGGUAAAGGCAGAAUGGGAGCCUCUUUUGAACGACAGAAUUUUGCUGACCUUUGCUGCUACUGCACAUUUGACACACAAGUAAAGUGCUUACGGCACAGAAGAUCAUGGCACUAUGGUGUCUUCAUUUAUUAAUUUGAAAUGAAAGUGCUUUCAUCUUGUUCUGAAGACAUUGUCCAAAGAGUACAGUACACCUACCGGUACGUACAGUAUCGUACUGUAGAGCGCUGCUGUCUGAACCGUUGUUGUCUGUCUUGAAGAAAUGCCUGUUUUGCACAAUGCAUCUACAGUAGGAGUUCAUUGAGGCAAGGCAUUUAGGUCAUGGGUAGCACACACUAAAACUGAACACUUUCAUCAAGGUCAGAACUAUCCAAUUUACAGUUUGAUCAUGAAUAAGGAUCUUUCCCCAGUACUUAUGGUUCAACUCUAGCUGAGCCCUGCGUGCAAGCUUUUGUGGAGGAUACAUGUAUUCAAAAAGCAGUGUUCUUUAAACAUCUGUCAGAGAAGUGGAUUUCUCACUUCCCAAGGCUGUUGUUAGGAUCAUUGUUAGAGAAUGCUCAGAGGAAGCACUGUCAUUUAUCAAUGCGGACAUAUCACUGUACUGUACAUUCACAGUAAUGAUGAAUCUGUUGCUACUCCGUAUCAUUAAUUACACCUAACCAUGUUUCUAUUAUGUUUCAAUGCUUUUAUCAGUAAUACAUUACCCGUUUUAGGAUUAAUUACUUGGGAAAGUAAUAUUACAUGUUGCUUCACAAAUGUAACUUUACAAUAUUACUUUUUGAGGAAAGUACCCCGUUAUAUUUAAGCAAUAAGGCACAAGUGGGUGUGGUAUAUGGGCAAUAUAUCACGGCUAACGGCUGUGCUUAGGCAGGAAGCAACGCCUGGAUACAGCCCUUAGCUGUGGUAUAUUGGCCAUAUAGCACAAACUCCCGAGGUGCCUUAUUGCUAUUAUAAAACUGGUUACCAACGCAAUUAGAACAGUAAAUAGUAAUUUUUUGUCAUACCCGUGGUAUACGGUCUGAUAUACCACGGCUUUCAGCCAAUCAGCAUUCAGGGCUCGAACCACCCGCUUUAUAAUACUCGUUAUAUUACUUUCCGUUACUUUCAUGAAAAAAAAAUCUCAAUCUCACCGUUUGUUUGACUGUUGGAGGAAGCACGGCAAGCCGCACACACUCAACCAAAGAUAGUCUACUUACCAACUCAGGUUUGAUCACUAGUGUCUCCUUUCAUCUGUGGCGCUGCCUUCCUGUGCUAGUCUACAAGUUAUGUGCCGUAUAUGGGCUGCUUAAUUAGCCAUAUACAGUAUACUGUAAGCCAAGCAUCUGUACAGAUUUCUAAUAUUUUCAUUCAAAAUCUUUCUCUCGAGUCGCCAGUUCUGGUUAUAGACCGCACAUGCACGGACCCAUAGAGUUGUAUAGAGGGCACACUUGCCACUAGACGGGAAAAGCCCUCUAUGGGCUUUUCUAUCACAGAAGCGAUCAAUGGCAAAGAUCAGAGGUGCGCCCUCUAUAUAUUUCAAUGGACAGCAGCUGUCAUGACAUUUCUCCAAACAGCCUUUCUCCGCUCGCUCGAGAACUAAAUGAGGAAAACAAGUUGAAAUCGAUCAUGGAAACACGCGCCCGGUAGAGAUAUGAUUCUGAAAGUAACACAUGCAUUGUUUGACAAAGUAACUGCAAUAAUAUUACCCAAUUCGGGGAAAAAGUAACUAAUCUGAUUACAUGACGCGUAACUUUUGUAACACAUUACUGUGUGUGUACAAUAUACCAAAAACAAUGUCUCAGAAGAGAAGAUCCUUAUUUUCACGGUAAUACUUUUGCUACAAAACACAAUGACAAUUAUAAACAGAAAGCCACACUAGACAGAAACCCCAAGCCUCACUCCCUCCACCAGAUCGACUUAUCAUUAAACAUAUGGAGGAACUUAAAUCUGAGGGAUUUUACAGUGCCUUCAGAAAGUAGUCAUACCCCUUGACUUAUUCCACAUUUUGUUAUGUUACAGCCUGAAUUCAAAAUUGAUUAAAUAAAACAAUUUCUCACCCAUCUACACACAAUGCCCCAUAAUGACAAAGUUUAAACAUGUUUUUAUACUUUUUUUGCAAAUGUAUUGAAAAUGAAAUACAGAAAUAUAUCAUUUAAAUAAUUUACAACCCUUUGCUAUGAAACUCCAAAUUGAGCUCAUGUGCAUCCAAUUUCCUUUGAUCAUUCUUGAGGUGUCACUACAACUUGAUUGGAGUCCACCUCAAAUCAAAUCAAAUGUUAUUUGUCACAUACACGUGUUUAGCAGAUGUUAUUGCGGGUUUAGCUAAAUGCUUGUGCUUCUAGCUCCGACAGUGCAGUAAUAUCUAACAAUUUCACAACAUAUACCCAAUACACACAAAUCUAGUAAGGAAUGGAAUUUAAGAAUAUAUACAUAUAUGGACAAGCAAUGACAGAGCGGCAUGGACUAAGAUACAGUAGAAUAUUAUACAAUAGAAUACAGUAUAUACAGUGCCCUCCACAAUUAUUGGCACCCCUGUUUAAGAUGUGGUCGAGGACUUCCAAAAAUUAUCCUUUUUUUUUUAAACAACAUAGAACCCAAAUGCAAAAAAAGAGAAAAAUCCAACCUUUUAUUUAAGUACAUUACUUUGGUGUAAAAAAAAAAAUCACACAUUUAGAAAAAAAAAAACUUGAAAUCAUGUGUCCCACAAUUAUUGGCACCCCUGAUGUUAAUACUUUGUACAACCCCCUUUUGCCAACAAGACAGCACUUAAUCUCCUCCUAUAACAUUUCACAAGAUUGGAGAACACAGAGAGAGGGAUCUUUGACCAUUCUUCUUUGCACAAUCUUUCUAGAUCAUCCAGUGUCCUGGGUCCUCUCUUAUGCACUCUCCUCUUUAGCUCGCCCCACAGGUUUUCGAUUGGGUUGAGGUCUGGGGACUGAGAUGGCCAUGGGAGGACCUUGAGUUUGUGACUGCUGAACCAUUUUUGUGUAGAUUUUGCCACAUGUUUUGGAUCAUUAUCCUGCUGAAAGACCCAAUGACGACCCAUCUUCAGCUUUCUGGCAGAGGCCAUCAGGUUUUUAUUUAAAAUGUCCUGGUAGUUCAAAGCGUUCAUAAUGCCAUGCACCCUAACAAGGUUCCCAGGGCCUUUGGAAGAGAAACAGGCCCACAGCAUCACAGAUCCUCCACCAUACUUCACGGUGGGCAUGAGGUGCUUUUCGGCAUACUCAUCUUUUGUUUUACGCCAGACCCACUUAGAGUGUUUGUUGCCAAAAAGCUCAAUCUUAGUCUCAUCUGACCAAAGCACACGAUCCCAGUUGAAGUCCCAGUGCCGCUUAGCAAACUCCAGACGUUUACGUUUGUGAGUGUUAGUGAGAAAAGGCUUUUUCCUUGCAUGCCUCCCAAACAGCUUGUUGGCAUGUAGAGAGCGUCUGAUGGUUGUUUUGGAGACUUUGUGACCCCAAGAUGCCACUCUUUGAUGCAAUUCUGUGACAGUGAGCUUAGGACUUUUUUUUACUUCUCUUACCAUCCUCCUCACUGUGCGUUGUGGCAAGAUAAACUUGGGACCUCUUCCAGCCUUGUUUGUCACUGUUCCAGUUGUUUUAAACUUCUUAAUGAUUCCUCUGACUGUAGAUACGGGCAAGUUAAGGCGAGUGGCUAUUUUCUUGUAGCCAUUGCCUGACUUAUGAAGGUCGACACAAAUCUGCCUUACUUGAAUGGUGUGUUCUCUUGUCUUUGCCAUGUUGACAAAUGGGUAAGAGAAUUAGGCCUCUGUGUCACGUCAUAUUUAUACCCCAGGGAAACAGGAAGUCAUUAAUUACUAAUUAAAAGUUCCUAGAUACCCUGACCAACUUUAGCAACUACAGAAAAAUAUAUUUUUAAAAAUAUCCAUUAAAAUUUUCUGCGGAAUUGUAAGGGGUGCCAAUAAUUGUGGGACACAUGAUUUCAAGUUUUAUUUUUUCUAAAUGUGUGAUAUUUUUUUAAACCACCAAAGUAAUGUACUUAAAUAAAAGGUUGGAUUUUUCUCUUUUUUUGCAUUUGGGUUCUAUGUUGUUUUAAAAAAAAGGAUAAUUUUUGGAAGUCCUCGACCACAUCUUAAACAGGGGUGCCAAUAAUAGUGGAGGGCACUGUACAUAUGAGAUGAGUAGUGCAAGAUAUGUAAACAUUAUUAAAGUGACUAGUGUUCCAUUUCUUAAAGUGGCCAGUGAUUUCAAUAGGCAGCAACAGCCUCUAAUGUGCUAGUGAUGGCUAUUUAAAAGUCUGAUGGCCUUGAGAUAGAAGCUGUUUUUCAUUCUCUCGGUCCCAGCUUUGAUGCACCUGUACUGACCUCGCCUUCUGGAUGAUAGCGGGGUGAACAGUGGCUCGGGUGGUUGAUGUCCUUGAUGAUCUUUUUGGCCUUCCUGUGACAUCGGGUGCUGUAGGUGUCUUGGAGGGCGGGUAGUUUGCCCCUGGAAAAUGCGUUCGGCAGACCGCACCACCCUCUGGAGAGCCCUGCGGUUGCCGUACCAGGCGGUGAUACAGCCCGACAGGAUGCUCUCAAUUGUGCAUCUGUAACAGUUAGUGAGGGUUUUAGGUGCCAAGCCACAUUUCUUCAGCCUCCUGAGGUUGAAGAGGCUCUAUUGCGCUUUCUUCACCACACUGUCUGCGUGGGUGGACCAUUUCAGUUUGUCAAUGAUGUGUAUGCCAAGGAACUUGAAGCUUUCCACCUUCUCCACUGUGGUCCCGUCGAUGUGGAUAGGGGGGGUGCACCCUCUGCUGUUUCCUGAAGUCCACGAUCAUCUCCUUUGUUUUGUUGACAUUGAGUGAGAGGUUAUUUUCCUGGCACCACACUCCCAGAGCCCUCACCUCCUCCCUGUAGGCGGUCUCGUCAUUGUUGGUAAUCAAGCCUACUACUGUUGUGUCGUCUGCAAACUUGAUGAUUGAGUUGGAGGCGUGCUUGGCCACGCAGUCAUGGGUGAACAGGGAGUACAGGAGGGGGCUGAGCACGCACCCUUGUGGGGCCCCAGUGUUGAGGAUCAGCGAAGUGGAGAUGUUGUUUCCUACCUUCACCACCUAGGGGCGACCCAUGACCCAGUUGCGCAGGGCGGGGUUCAGAGGUAUUCCUCUUGUCCAGAUGGGAUAGCGCAGUGUGCAGUGUGAUGGCGAUUGCAUCGUCUGUGGAUCUAUUUGGGGCGGUAAGCAAAUUGAAGUGGGUCUAGGGUGACAGGUAAGGUAGAGGUGAUAUGAUCCUUGACUAGUCUCUCAAAGCACUUCAUGAUGACAGAGAUGAGUGCUACGGGGCGAUAGUCAUUUAGUUCAGUUACCUGGAACAAUGGUGGCCAUCUUGAAGCAUGUGGGAACAGCAGACUGGGAAAGGGAGAUAUUGAAUAUGUCCGUAAACACACCAGCCAGCUGGUCUGCGCAUGCUCUGAGGACUCGGCUAGGGAUGCCGUCAGGGCCGGCAUCCCUAGCCGAGAAGGUGUUUAGCUUGUCUGGAAGCGAGAAGUCGGUGUCGGCGACGUGGCUGGUUUUCCUUUUGUAGUCUGUGAUUGUCUGUAGACCCUGCCACAUACAUCUUGUGUCUGCGCCGUUGAAUUGCGACUCCACUUUGUCUCUAUACUGAUGUUUUGCCAGUUGAAUUGCCUUGCGGAGUGAGUAGCUACACUGUUUGUAUUCUGCCAUAUUCCCAGUCACCUUGUCAUGGUUAAAUGCGGUGGUUCGCGCUUUCAGUUUUGUGUGAAUGCUGCCAUCUAUCCACGGUUUCUGGUUAUUGUCACGGUUUCGGCCGAGGCGGCUCCUUCUCCUUGUUCGGGCAGGCUUCGGCGGUCGUCGUCUCCGGAGUACUAGCUGCCACCGUUCGAUGUUUCAUGUUUGAUUGGUUUUGUCUGUUUGUUACACCUGUUGAUUGUUAAGUGUUCAUUAGGCACCCUAUUUAGUUCUCUUGUGUUUGGUCAGGUGUUGUGUGUAAUUGUUCGAUGUCACGUGUUGUUGUUGGUCCUCUGUUUUGUGCUCUCAGUAUUUCGUUUUGCUUAGAGAGUCCUGCACGUUGUGCGUACUUACUUUGGACAGUCCGGUGUGCGUUUGUUUUCACCUAUGACCUGUUGCCGUGUUGGCUUGUAUUACGGACUUCACUAAAGACAUCUGUUUUCGAAUCUCUGUGUCCUGCGUAUGAUUCCACGUUCCCUCUACACUCAACCCUGACAGUUAUGGUAGGUUUUAAUAAUCACAGUUGACACAACAUCACCUAUACACUUCCUGAUAAACUCAGUCACAGUUUCAGUGUAUUCGUCUAAAUUAUUUUCGCAAGCUACCCGGAACAUAUCCCAGUCCGUGUGAUCAAAACAAUCUUGAAGCGUGGAUUCCGAUUGGUCAGACCAGCGUUGAAUAGUCCUUAGCACGGGUACUUAUUCCUGUUUGAGUUUCUGCCUAUAGGAAGGGAGGAGCAAAAUGGAGCCAUGGUCAGAUUUGCCGAAAGGAGGCUCGGGGGAGGGUCUUAUAACCAUCCCGGAAGUUCGAAUAGCAAUGGUCGAGGAUUUUAGCAGCGCGAGAACAACAGUCAAUAUGUUGAUAGAACUUCGGCAGCCUAGUCCUCAAAUUUGCUUUGUUAAAAUCCCCGGCUACAAUAAAUGCAGCCUCAGGAUAUGUGGUUUCCAGUUUGCAUAAAGUCCAGUGAAGUUCUUUGAGGGCCGUCGUGGUAUCGGCUUGAGCGGGGAUAUAUACGGCCAUGACUAUAACCAAAGAAAAUUAUCUUGGGAGAUUAUACGGUCGGCAUUUGAUUGUGAGAUAUUCUAGGUCAGUUGAACAGAAGGACUUGAAUUCCUGUAUGUACAGUGAGGGAAAAAAGUAUUUGAUCCCCUGCUGAUUUUGUACGUUUGCCCACUGACAAAGAAAUGAUCAGUCUAUAAUUUUUAUGGUAGGUUUAUUUGAACAGUGAGAGACAGAAUAACAACAACAAAAUCCAGAAAAACGCAUGUAAAAAAUGUUAUAAAUUGAUUUGCAUUUUAAUGAGGGAAAUAAGUAUUUCACCCCCUCUCAAUCAGAAAGAUUUCUGGCUCCCAGGUGUCUUUUAUACAGGUAACGAGCUGAGAUUAGGAGCACACUCUUAAAGGGAGUGCUCCUAAUCUCAGCUUGUUACCUGAAUAAAAGACACCUGUCCACAGAAGCAAUCAAUCAGAUUCCAAACUCUCCACCAUGGCCAAGACCAAAGAGCUCUCCAAGGAUGUCAGGGACAAGAUUAUUCGUAUUCCUGGUCAUAAUGCUGGUGAGUAACCGCCGCUCUGAUAUCCAAUAGUUUUUCCCGGCUGUAUGUGAUGAUACAAAACACUUUCUGAGUUAAUAAUAUAAAAAAUUAUACAUUAAAAAAAAAUAAUACCGCAAAGUUUCCUAAGAGCUAGUCGCAUAGGCCGCCAUCCUCGUCGGCGCCAGGUACAUUCUGUGGUAAAUUCAAUUGUUUGGACAGAAAAAAAACACACCUGUCUGUAUAAGGUCCCACAGUUGACAGCGCAUGUCAGAGCAGAAACUAUACCAUGAAGUCCAAGGAACUGUCCGUAGAUCUCAGAGAUAGAAUUGUGAUGAGGCAUACAUCUGGGGAUGCGUAUAAAACAAUUUCUAGAGUGUUUCCAAGUGCACAAACUGAGCAACCGGGCAAGAAGGACCUUGGUCAGAGAGGUUGACCAAGAACCCAAUGACCACUCCGACAGAACUACAGAGUUCCUUGGCUGAGAUGGGAAAACCUGCCAGAUGUCUCUACAGCACUUUACCAAUCUGGGCUUCAUGGGAGAGUGGCCAGACAGAAGCCACUCCUGAGAAAAAUGCACGACACAUGGAAUUUGCAAAAAAUGAUUGUGAAAGACUCUGAGACCAUAAGGCAAAAGAUCAUGUGGUCUAAUGAGACAAAAUGUUUACUCUUUGACCUGAAUGCAAAGCACUAUGUCUGGAGAAAACCAGGCACAGCUCAUCACCCGUCUAACACCAUCCCUACCGUGAAGCAUUGUGGUGGCAGGCAGCAUCAUGCUAUGGGGAUGCUUUUCAGCAGCAGGGACUGGGAGACUGGUAAGGAUGGAGGGAGCAGUGAAUGGAGCCAAAUACAGGCAAAUCCUUGAUGAGAAUCUGCUUCAGAGUGCAAACGACCUUAGACUGGGGCGAAGUUUUACGUUCCAACAGGACAAUGACCCAAAGCAUAGAAAGCAUACAGCCAAAGCAACGCUGGAAGGGCUUCAGAACAAGAAUAUGAAUGUCCUUGAGUGGCCCAGCCAAAGCUCAGACUUUAAUCCCAUUGAAAAUCUGUGGAAAUAAUUGAAGAUUGCUGUUCACCGCCGCUCCCCAUCUAAUUUAACAGAGCUUGAAAAAAUCUGCAAGGAAGAAUGGGAGAAAAUACCCAAAUCCAGAUGUGCAAAGCUGAUACAGACAUACCCAACACAACUCAAAGCUGUAAUCGCUGCCAAAGGUGCUUCCACAAAGUAUUGACUCAGGUGUGUGAAUGCUUAUGUAAAUGAGAUAUUUCUGUAUUUCAUUUUCAAUAAAUUAGCAAACAUUUCUAAAAACAAGUUUUCACUUUGUCAUUAUCGGGUAUUGUGUGUAGAUGAGUGAGAAAAAUAUUGAUUUAAUCAAUUUUGAAUUCAGGCUGUAACACUACAAAGUGUGGAAUGUCAAGGAGUAUGAAUACUUUCUGAAUGAACUGUAUAUGGGGGAAUAUUGAUGAGCCUGGGUUAUGGAUACGGGGAAGGAAUGCCAUUAAUUCAGAUGGUUCAGCUACAUUCACACGUCACCCGUCUAAGUUCUAAGUCGUGUUUCUCAAAGAGAGAAGAGAGGCGAGGAAGGAAGGGGGAGAGGGGGGUCACUGAAGAAGUUCUCUCCACUUCAAAGAUCCUUCUCACUAUGAUCACCCCAGACUCCAGAUUGACUCAGUGCGAAAAUACUCAUCAUUUCCAUUUCCAGUGUUGAAAGGGGGGGAACCAAAUGCUACAUUUGGUGGUUUUCAAACUCAGGGCCCUUGGGAAAGCAGAUAUGAAGCAGCACAUUUACUUUGGCUGAGGAGAAUACACUGGCAUGCAGGCAGUAGCACCUCAGUCUGGCUGUCACAGUUUUAGGUGUGGUGACAGUGAUUUCAGGUGACUGGCGUGAAAACAACCGGAGCAGCUCUGCCUCGCACACAGUCUUCUGUGUAGCUCGUGAUAUCCUCUGUUCUCUUUAUGCAGUGGCACUGUGAUAAACAAACCACUCAUGAUCAAAAACCAUUACGCCUUUAUAAUACCCGUUUAUUUACGAAUCUGCCUUUUAAAGGAAAGAGGACACACGUGUACUAUAGAAGCUGAGAGUAGAGGAAAUAAUCUGAGGCUACACUGUAUACGUUCAGUCAACUCAAGUGGUUCUGUAAGUCACAACGUCAUUGUGGCUUUUCCCAUACAGCAGGUGAAGCCAAGAAAGGAGGCGUAAAGAAAGGAGGUGUAAAGAAAGGUGGUGUAAAGAAAGGUGGUGUAAAGAAAUGUGGUGUAAAGAAAUGAGGUGUAAAGAAAGGAGGUGUAAAGAAAGGAGGCGUAAAGGACAUUUUAGUGACUUACAAAGGAUCAAAAGAAAAGUUAAUAUUAAGAUCACUUUAUUCGUCAAUUGUACACAAGGUCCAGCCGAAAUGAGACUACUGCCUUAUCCCAACCUCCAAAACACACACAUACAGUACAUAUACAGGUUGGCUCAGGGGACUGUUACAUACAUAUAGAGGCUCAAGAGGUUGGAUCAGGGGACUGUUACAUACAUAUAGAGGCUGAAGAGGUUGGAUCAGGGGACUGUUACAUACGUAUAGAUGCUGGAGAGGUUGGAUCAGGGGACUGUUACAUACAUAUAGAUGCUGGAGAGUUUGAAUCAGGGGAGUGUUACAUACAUAUAGAGGCUGAAGAGGUUGGAUCAGGGGACUGUUACAUACAUAUAUAGGCUGGAGAGGUUGGAUCAGGGGACUGUUACAUACAUAUAGAGGCUCAAGAGGUUGGAUCAGGGGACUGUUACAUACAUAUAGAUGCUGGAAAGGUUGGAUCAGGGGACUGUUACAUACAUAUAGAUGCUGGAGAGGUUGGAUCAGGGGACUGUUACAUACAUAUAGAGGCUGGAGAGGUUGGAUCAGGGGAGUGUUACAUACAUAUAGAGGCUGGAGCAGGGGACUGUUACAUACAUAUAGAGACUGGAGCAGGGGACUGCCACAUUGGGCGCACAUGGAGCAAUUGUUGUGGGGGGUUAAGUGCCUUGCUAAAGGGGAACAACGGCAGGCAAUGGCAUCUAGGAUUUGAUACCAGCAACCCUCUGUUGCUAGCUCACUUCCUGACACAUUUUUUUUCCAUGUCAGACCCAGGAUUCAAACUGGCAACCCUCCGGCUGCGGGCUCGCCUCUCUAACCGUUAGGCUACCUGCCACCCCGGCACCUAAGCGUGGUUUACUUUACCUAAGUAAAGUACCGAAAUGUGGUAUACCAUCAAAUAUGCCCAGUCUAAUUAGCCUGUACCUUCGGUGUUUGUCUUGUAGGCCUGACAGUGCUGCAGAAGAUUCUGGACACGGCAGCAGAGAAGACGUGGCAGGUGACAUCAGUGAACCUGGACAGCGGUAUGGAUCAGGCGGCCUUCCUGAAAGUGGUUCAGGACCUAGAGAAGAAGAAGGAAUACAACAUCAUCCUGGACUGUGAGCUGGAGAGACUCAACCUGAUACUCAACCUGGUAAAUAACAUCAGAUUGAUGGACAGUCCAGUAGUGAAAAAGGGGGAAGGUGACUAUUGAGAACUUAAUGAAUGAAGAGAUGGUCUGUAAACAAGACAGAUUAGUUCAGUAAUUGGAUGGGAUGGGUUCACUCCGACAAGAAGUCCAUUGCAGCUAGAGUAACAACACAACCCUUCCUCCUCUCACUGAGUUGUUCAACUCAAACUAACAAAGGUUCAGUUACAAGGGUUAAGUCUGAACACUGUGUGAUGUUGUUCUAGUGUCUCUGUUCUAUACUGGGCUAGUCUUUGGGGACAGUGGAGGGAGGUCUGUAAUGAAGACAAAGAUAGAUGUGUAUGACUUAGAUUCCAUGCUGCUGCUGAAAGAUCGUACCAUCAGCCAGUUCUCCAGGGACAAUAUUGUUCCCUGGUACAGUUGAUAUAUUAUACUGUAAAUGUAAUCACCACAGUGAGUAGAGCUGAACUAAAACUAUUCAAAAACCUAUCUAAAGAAACAUCAAAACCUUUUUAUAAAUGUAGUGUAUCUUGUUUGGGAGGGAUAACAGUUCCUUUGAGCUAUUUUGAAUAUUUAAGAUCUCUUUAGUCCGUUGGGCCAGGAACCGAGAGGUCGCUGGUUCGAAUCCCUAAGCCGACUAGGUUAAAAAUCUGUCUGUGCCCUUGAGCAAGGCACUUGACCAUAAUUGCUCUUGUAAGUCGCUUUGGAUAAGAGCAUCUGCUAAAUGACUAAAAUGUAAAAAUGGCAUGGUUUCUGAAUAGUGAAAUUAGUAUGUGUACAAACAUAUAGUUUACAGAUAAGCAUUUGGAAAUAGGGUCAGGCUCAAUUAACCCUGACGGCUGCUUCAUUCUGUCUCCCAGAGGCGGUCCCGGGCCUGUCCAUCACAGGUGUACUAGUGAUUUUGAUGCAGAUUGUGAAGAUGUAGUCAUUAAAGCUCUAAUUGGGUUUCCCACAGUGACAGAUGUCAAAUCCUUCCCAGCCCUCCACAGCGAGUUGUUCCAGCUGGUCCCUUUCUGCUGAGCACAUGUAUUUUACUCAGACAUGCAGGCAGAGAGGCGGAGAUGAGCAAUUCAUUCCUCAAAGAUGGGACCAAUUAGCUCCUAUUUGGGAGGACCACGAUUAAUGGGACGCUUCAAUCCACAUCUGUAAUGAAAUAGCUUUAUCUCGAUUGACGGGUUGCAAAAUGUACAUCAUUUCCCCUUCUGUUAUGCUUUCCAGAUCGCUGCUCAGAAGAAGAACCUCAAAAAUUACCACUACAUAUUGGCAAACCUGGUAAGUCUGGCCCUGUCUGAAACGAUGGAAGCUUUAAUGCAACAUGCAAGCUCCAUUGUAUUUCAAUGUAAUUUAUUUCCAAUCUAUUUGAAAUGUCUUCGUUGUAGAUAUUGCUGAAUCUCCCAGUCUAGAGAACUCUACUGUGAAAUUGAUAGGAAUUUGUGUUCUGAUCACGACACUACUGACGCCCCAUUGAGAAGUAAAAUAAUACCUUCAUCCCCACUGAAGGAACAAAAACAUUUAAGCACAACUGUACUUUCAUCUUAUACAUAAUUGAUGGAAACCGAUUGGUUAGACUAAUCAAUGGUGGCGUUGUUCCAAUGUAUUGGUGCCCCUUCAUCUUCUCUGUAUCUGACACACCGUAUUUCUUCUGCUUGUCUGUGCAGAACACAAUGUAGACAGAUUGCUGAUUACCCGCUGAGCAAGUGUAUUAUAAUUUCUACUCCUGCAAGGCAUUGAAGGGCUUUUUUAUGUGUAGGAAAAUGUGUGUGUGUGUGUGUGUGUGUUUGUGUGUGUUUGUGUGUGUGUGUGUGUGUGUGUGUGUGUGUGUGUGUGUGUGUGUGUGUGUGUGUGUGUGUGUGUGUGUGUGUGUGUGUGUGUGUGUGCGCGCAUGGGCGUGCUUGUACAUGCUUACACUAUACUUGUGCAUAUAUAUUUGGUAUUUGAAUGUGUGUGCUUUUUUUCUUUGCAUAACUAAACAGAAGUUAGUCUUCCAUUAUUAAUGGACUCAAUGCAUUGCUUCAUGUUUAUAUUCAUUGGCCACCAGACCUCAUGAGUUCAUAGAUCCCAGCAAUAGUAGGCAGAGUGGACUCUGUUAGAAUGAUUCUGCAUUUCCUCAUAUCCAGUUGCACUGAAGCAUAGUUGCUUCCAUAGAAAUAGAAUUGCCUCGUAAGUGGUUCUCACGUUAGUUUGCAACGCCAGGGUUGUGGGUUCGAUUCCCACGGGGGGCCAGUAUGAAAAGAAAAAAACAAUUAUAAUAAUAAUAAUAAUAAUAAUAAAAAAAUAAUAAUGUAUGCACUCACUAACUGUAAGUGGCUCUGGAUAAGAGCGUCUGCUAAAUGACUAAAAUGUAAAUGUAAAUGUAGUAUAGCUUCAUAUAGAGAUCUGAGGUCAACUGUCGUCCAUGAAGCAACAAGCUAGCCUCUUUCUCUCUAGUGGUAUGUCCUGUUUUUUUGUCACAGUACUUCGUCAGGAGAGGACGCUCUAUGUUUGGCUUAAGGUUGCGUGUCAAGGAGCAUGUUUUUUUUUUAAAUGCACUCCAGAGGGCUCAACUCAGAGAUCUAGAAACAUUUGUGGUAGACCUCAUAAUUGGACUGUGAAAUACAGAAAAAAAGAAUCACCCCACAAACUGUGACUUCACCGGCACGAUUGUUAAAUUAAUAAUUGGAUUGUGCCACAGGAAACAUAGUUUAAUGAUGAUCAUAAAGGUUGCAAGAUGCAACACUGUGGUUCAUUACCAUUUGAAAAAUUUGCCGGAGGGGGGUCACACACACACACACACACACACAGACACACACACACACACACACACUCAUACUCCCUCUGUUUAUUGAUUAAGUAUGGUCUACGUAACGAGACGUGAUCUUAGUUAUCAGCCUGUGAAGACUCCCUAAACUUCCAGCACUCUUCUUGUUAUUUAUAGCCUAAGAGUGGAAUAUGUGAUCUGUGACUUUUUUUAUCAUUCAAAUAAAGCAUUAAAAGUAUGUUUGCUGAAGCCUGUUUCAGGGGCUAGCUACAGCGUGACUCCAGCUGGUUUAAUGUAGUUAGAUGCUCUUACUCUGGAGAGCAGGUAAUUAAAUGCAAAUAAGGCGAGGGGAGCCUCUCCCACUUGGUUAUACAUUUACAUUACAUUUUAGUCAUUUAGCAGACGCUCUUACCCAGAGCGACUUACAGUUAGUGAGUGCAUACAUUUUUCAUACAUUCUCUUCUAUCGUAGAGAAACAGUGCCUCCUGUGCACGACUUUCAGUAAAGUACUCUUCUUUUUUAUAAAAAAAGGUUUGUUGGCUCAUAAAGAAUCACAAUUAUGUAAAAUUGUAUAAAAAGAAAAAACAUAUCUCCUUCUUCCUCAUAUACACUAACCUCCAUUCAUAGGAGUCCUGGAGUGCAGUUAAACUUGCAUUGUACAAUCAAGACCCUCAAAAACCAUGUUGAAAUGUUAUGUUAUGUUAUCCACCAUAUCCUAAGUCAAUCAAAGAUAGCACUAGGAACAAUUCAAUUUGAAGAUCCGGAAUAAACUCUGACAAGCAGAUUUGUAAUUACAUGUCCUUGUUCCGCUUGUGUAAUAACCUAAACCGCUAAACCCUUAUUACAGUAUAAUUACAUAGUAUUUACAUAGUAAUUACAUGUAACUACUAGGUUAUAAACACAUGUAUUUACGAUUUAGUUACAUAUUCAUUAGUGUACACUUAAGGUGAAGUGUUACCGAAGUUCCAAUUUGAAGUCGUCAGGCUGUGUGUUUUGAUAUACUGUACACACAUUACUCGAUUGCUUGGAGACUGUGGGAGUGAUGUACUGUGUUUGACUAGAUUGUUUUAUUCUGUCUUUGCAUGACUAUAAGUCAUAUUUGUAAAUCAAAAUAGUAAAAGAAUGCAGUUGAAAAGACAUCUGCUUCUCAAACUGUAGAAAAGUGGUUUUCAUCUCCUGCUUCAUAGAUUUGUAGUGAUUGCCUGGACCUGCCCACUGGGCACAGACGUCAGUUCAACGUCUAGUUUCGAUUUACAUUAAGGUUGAGUUGUCUACUAACGUGAAUUCAAUGUGAAAUCAACAAAAAAAUGUCACCAUGUCAAUGGAUUUAGGUUUAAAUUUGGCUUAGAAUAUUUGAAAUUCCCUUACGUUGAUGACUUUUUUCAAAUCCAAUCAGUUUUCCAUGUUGAUUCAACGUCAUCACAUUGACUUUUUUGUUGUUGAAAUGACAUGGAAACAACGUUGAUUCAACCAGUUUUUGCCCAGUGGGUGGCUUCUCAAGUGGGGUUGAACAGCUGAAUAGCAGCUCUGAGAAAUCCAAACGUUCAAUACCAGCACUCUGAAAAGACACCGUCAUCCAAUGAUCUGCUCCAUCGUUACGGCUAGGCCAUUUUUGGUUCUGUUUUGUUUACUUAGCUUAAGUUUGCUUCUGUUUGGUAAGAAGUCGAUUCCUUCUUUCUCAGGGAUUUUUGGACAUGAACUUCACUGAGUUCCAGAAGAGUGGUGCCAACAUCACUGGGUUCCAACUAAUGAACUACUCAGACGGAAACGUGAACAAGGCCAUAGAGGAGUGGGUGGACUUUGACAGCAAAGACCUUAAGCUACCCAAGAGAAGACUGAAGGUAUGAUCAAACUGUCUAAGAGAUCUUUCCAGUCAGGUUCUCAAGGUUCCAAUAAACAUAAAAUGUGUAAGCCUCAAAUGUUGCCUCCUUGGAUUUGCCCUCUUAGUACACAGGAGCACUCACAUACGACGGAGUGAGCGUCAUGGCAACCGCCUUUCAGAACCUCCGUAAGCAACGUAUUGACAUCUCCCGGCGAGGCAACGCUGGCGAGUGUCUGGCCAACCCACCAGCUCCCUGGGGCCAGGGUAUCGACAUCCAGAGAGCCCUACAGCAGGUAGGCAGUUACGCCACUCACUCCACAGCCACAGAGACGAGGAUGACUAGGCUUCAAACUCAACGCUAGCAAAUUAAUCACGAAAUACUGUACAAUACUGUACAAUACAAAACAAUACUAGCUUUAUUAAGUACUAUUGUGUUAAACCCUCAGUUAAAUGCAAACGUGUGAGCUAUAUGUAAUCCUUAAAUAGUGAUCUUGUGACCUGUAGACUUAGAUUUCAAAUAUUAUAUUGGAUAUCACGCAAUGUCAACACAACCAGCUGGUAAUAUUGGAAUCCUGAAAUAGCAAUCUUGUGUUCUUGAGAUAAGAAAAGGAAAGUUAUGCUGUUUUUGCUCUUAGCUAUAAUAUCAUCAUACAGUAUUGUGUAAAAAAAAUAUAUUAGAUCAGUGGUCAGCAAUAAGUGGCCCUCAGGCCAAAACUGGCCCGCAAGUGAUUUUUUGGUGGGCCCAUCCAAGUUUUUAGUAAAAAAAUAAAUAUAGGAUUUUAGCUUUUGGUCAAAAAGGACUAAAUCACCAGGAAUUCAGCUAAAAAUGAGUUUAAUUUAGGAAAUCUGUUUCCAAGUAUUCCCACCAAUAAAAAAAAAAGGAGACGUGAUAAUGUCAUCAAGGAAAUCUCUUUUCCCCCGACCAUCCGCUCAGACAGAAAUCGGCCUGCAGCUGAAUCUAGUCACCCCUGUGUUAGGUGUUGAUUUCUUUGCGUACUGUAGCUACUUAAAACGACUUGAGCGUUAUUCGUUUUUUUUUCUUCUUCAGAUUCCAGGUUGCAAAGAUACAAGUCUCAGAGAGAUAGCAGUUCUUCAUACAAAUUCUGGUCAAGUUCUGGUUUGUCCCACAGGUUCAAAUUGAGGGAUUGACUGGACAUGUCCAGUUUAACGAGAAAGGCCAUCGGACCAACUACACGGUCAGCGUCAUGGAGCUGAGCCCGAGUGGACCGCUGAAGGUGAACUGGGGACUUGUCCAUAACCUCUAUAAUUAUCAAUCAACAUCUUGAUCCUCCUCAGGGGAAAUCUGUUGUUAGAUAGGUUAGAUAGAUGUAUGACACUUGACCUUACCACAGUAGACAAAGUAGGAGCAAUCCAUCAGAGAAAAUCAAAUAAAAUCAAACUUUAUUUGUCACAUGCGCCGAAUACAACAGUGAAAUGCUUACUUACAAGCCCUUAACCAACAAUACAGUUCAAGAAAGAGUUAAGAAAAUAUUUAACAAAUAAACUAAAGUAAAAAAUAUAUAUAAAAAAGUAACACAAUAAAAUAACAAUAACGAGGCUAUAUAAAGGGGGUAGAUGCCGAGCAGUUGCAAUACCAGGCGGUGAUGCAACCGGUCAGGAUGCCCUCAAUGGACUCAUCAUCUCAACUGUAAUUUUCUGCACACAUUGUUUUAAUCUUAACUACAAAUCCUUUGUUAAGAUAGUUUGUUAAACAAAACUUGACUGGUCAUUCACUAGAAUUGUGCCCAGCAACAAGAGCUGCUGGAGCCAAGCAAAAAAGAACAGUGAAAUUAGCGGUCUUCUUCUUAGAUUGGCUUUGCAAAAAUGAAUGUCCAAUGUUCACAUCAUGCCAGUAUGUGACAUAUUUGUUUUCAUAGCGCAGUUGUAGGAUUUUCAUAUUAUUUAUUAAUAUGCAAAGAAUUUGUUUGUCAAUCAGAAAACGAAUUACCCUUCGAGUUUAGAAUAUACCCAUUUACAGUUGAAGUCGGAAGUUUACAUACACUUAGGUUGGAGUCAAUAAAACUCGUUUUUCAACCACUCCACACAUUUCUUGUUAACAAACUAUAGUUUUGGCAGUUGUCAGUUAGGACAUCUACUUUGUGCAUGACACAAGUAAUUUUUCCAACAAUUGUUUACAGACAGAUUAUAAUUCACCGUAUCACAAUUCCAGUGGGUCAGAAGUUUACAUACACUAAGUUGACUGUGCCUUUAAACAGCUUGGAAAAUUCCAGAAAAUGAUGUCAUGGCUUUAGAAGCUUCUGAUAGGCUAAUUGAAAUAAUUUGAGUCAAUUGGAGGUGUAUCUGUGGAUGUAUUUCAAGGCCUACCUUCAAACUCAGUGCCUCUUUGCUUGACAUCAUGGGAAAACCAAAAGAAAUCAGCCAAGACCUCAGAAAAAUAAUUGUAGACCUCCACAAGUCUGGUGCAUCCUUGGGAACAAUUUCCAAAUGCCUGAAGGUACCACGUUCAUCUGUGCAAACAAUAAUACGCAAGUAUAAACACCAUGGGACCACGCAGCCAUCAUACUGCUCAGAAAGGAGACGCGUUCUGUCUCAUAGAGAUGAACAUACUUUGGUGCGAAAAGUGCAAAUCAAUCCCAGAACAACAACAAAGGACCUUGUGAAGAUGCUGGAGGAAACAGGUACAAAAGUAUCUAUAUCCACAGUAAAAUGAAUCCUAUAUCGACAUAACCUGAAAGGCCGCUCAGCAAGGAAGAAGUCACUGCUCCAAAACCACCAUAAAAAAGCCAGACUACGGUUUGCAACUGCACAUGGGGACAAAGAUCGUACUUUUUGGAGAAAAUAUGUUUCUGAUGAAACAAAUAUAGAACUGUUUGGCCAUAAUGACCAUCGUUAUGUUUGGAGGAAAAAGGGAGUAACUUGCAAGCCAAAGAACACCAUCCCAACCGUGAAGCAUGCUGUGGGGGUGCUUUGCUGCAGGAGGGACUGGUGCACUUCACAAAAUAGAUGGCAGCAUGAGGAAGGACAAUUAUGUGGAUAUAUUGAAGAAACAUCUCAAGACAUCAGUCAGGAAGUUAAAGCUUGGUCGCAAAUGGUUCUUCCAAAUGGGUCUUCCAAAACCUCAAUCUUAUAGAACAUUUGUGGGCAGAACUGAAAAGGCUUGUGCGAGCAAGGAGGCCUACAAACCUGACUCAGUUACACCAGCUGUGUCAGGAGGAAUGGGCCAAAAUUCACCCAACUUAUUGUGGGAAGCUUGUGGAAGGCUACCUGAAACAUUUCACCCAAAUUAAACAAUUGAAAGGCAAUGCUACCAAAUACUAAUUGAGUGUAUGUAAACUUCUGACCCAAUAGGAAUGUGAUGAAAGAAAUAAAAGCUGAAAUAAAUCAUUCUCUCUACUAUUAUUCUGACAUUUCACAUUCUUAAAAUAAAGUGGGGAUCCUAACUGACCUAAAACAGGAACUUUUUACUAAGAUUAAAUGUCAGGAAUUGUGAAAAACAGAGUUUAAAUGUAUUUGGCUAAGGUGUAUGUAAACCUCCGACUUCAACUGUAUAUUUCAUACGAGAAAAUGCACAGCACAUCAGUGUAAAUACAUGAAUGCAACCAGCGGCUCAUUGGCUAUAGUACUCAGUGAUCUUGCAUACUGUAUGUGGAGCAAAUUCCUCAUAUAAUUUGGUAUGCAGGGUAUUUGUACAUAAAGAUGACUCUCUUUUAAUGUUAUCACCGACAGUCUUACAACCUGAGAGUAGUGCAGGCUGGACCUGACGUACGGUAGGAGGUGUUGGUUAUCUCUGAGUAUGGCGUAAGGACUUGCUAGGGGAUUAGCCGUACGAGGUAAGGGAUGUUCUUAUUCAAACAGAGAGGUGGAAUGGGUUCACAAUCAAAGAUAUGUCACAGAGUUUACUUCAUUAUUCAAUUGUUGUAAAUGUUUUUACUGCAUCAGGGGUAGCGUACGCUGACUUUUCGGCUUUUAUAGCUUUCUUCAGUCUGUUGUUGCAAUUUACUUUGAAUUCAAAACAGCAUUUGUAAAGAACAACAGAUGAGCAGCAGGUGCUUCUAAUCAGGGUUGCCACUCAUCUGCCAAUCAGGGAUGUGGCUUUUCUGGUCUUCCUGUAUACAAAUGAGUCACAAAAAAUAUACAGAAUUAUAGGGUACGGGAGUGGGCACCAAGGGCGACUCACAAAUCAAUCGCCCCCCAGGUGUCCGUUCACCUAAAUACAUCGGAUCAAUUCACGAGAUAGCCCCACCACAAAGGACAUCAGGCAAAGCCGUUCAUAAAUAUUUUGGGGGCCUCAUAAACGAUAUGCAAAAUCUGAUAUGGACAGUGUCCUUAUGCCCGCGCUACGUGUGUAUGAGGCUAAUUGUGCUUCAUAAGCCGGUGAUAUUAAUAUUUAUUACACUAUAUGAAUAGAAGUGUAGGAUUUCCUCCGCGAUGUGUGUUGAUAUACUGUACCCCUUUCUGACUGCAGGUGGGCUACUGGAAUGAGUAUGAGAACUAUGUGAACACAGCGGUAUACACGCCGGUGGUUGAAGAGUUCUUCGGACUGCAAAACAGGACCUACAUAGUGACCAGUAUCCUUGUGAGUCUCACUAGAAUGAAUGAAUGAAUGAAUGAAUGAAUGAAUGAAUGAAGGAAUGAAUGAAGGAAUGAAGGAAUGAAGGAAUGAAGGAAUGAAGGAAUGAAUGACAUUUUAUUUUCGUGUCAAAUCACCAGUUGGCAACCCCAUCCCUUAUGGGAUUAACUGACACAUAAACAAACAUUACAAUAAUUCACUGUGAUAAUUCAGUGAUGAUUCUUCUUCUAGCUUAACUGAUAGGCUCAAUGUUUGGAUGCUGAUAAUGGGUUUCACGGACUGUGUGAGGCUGUGUUUGAUAUGGCUAUAUUGGAAAAUAGGGAUUUUUAGAUUGGAUUCACACGGGGAUAGAAAUUAGUGGCAACUGUCCCAGAUCAAUUGGAGAGUGAAUUUAUUUUAACUUUUCAUAUCCAAAUGGCAGGUUUUCUAUUUCGUACAGCACAUUCAUCCAUCUAAGCAAUCCCUGUUAAAAUGGGCUAUCAUUACCAGUUGAUCAAGUCAUAAUACAUGAGAGGGAGAUAGGGAGAGAGGGAGGGAGAGAGAGAGAGAGAGGGAGGGAGGAGGGAGGGAGGGACGUGAGGGGAGAGAGGGAGAGAGGGAGGGAGCGAGAGAUAGAGAGAUAGAGAGAAGUGAGGGAGGGAGGUGGGGUUGGGCGUGGUGUCGUUAGGGCUUAUGGGGAGAAGCAGAUAGCGAUCUCGUCUCUCUAUCCUCUCUCUCUAAGAUGAUCCUCUAGAUAUAGAGAUCUCUCUCCUUUUCUCUUCCUCUCUCCUUUCCUCUUUGCUUGUAUUCCUGUCUUUUCGAGUGCCUGUGCGUGUCUCAAAAUGCUUCUGGCUAAAUCUGAAAUACUGUCCUUGUGAAACUAUCUCUGCCCCACUAUUCCCAGAUUGUACUCUAUGUUGUGUUCACCUGUGGACUAGCCACGAGGGCUGUUUUCACAGAAGCUCUGUUCUGCUUUACCUGGAGGGCAGACUCAGAGCUCCACACAGCCCCUUUACAGUCAUCCUGGCCUGGCCAGCCAGAAAUAGCAGGAGUGCUGCUUGCCCAUCAGAUCUGAGUCACCCCACACUGAGGAGAAGGUGUGAGAUUGUGUCCAGACCCCCGGGGCUGACCACUUCCUCUCUAUGAAUAAUGUCAUUUGAAGGCCCCUUCGUAUACACAAAGCAAUUGACAGAAAUUGGUGUGAAGCCCCAUGGUUGUAAACAAGUUCAUAUAUUAUACCGUACCAUGUACAACUUUUUCCCCCAGGGCCCUCUUUUUCACAUUUGACAAAUGUCACAAAUGCUUUCCCCAAAUGUUAUUCUGCUACCAAAUAUGUUUUAUUAUGGUAAUGAACCCUCAAUUAAAUUAUAUUAUUCUCUUUUACAGAAAGUGAUCUGAUCAAUUAAUAGCGACAGAGUCAAACAUUGUAUAAGAUUACUUAUCAAGCAAAGUCAGAUGUCUUUGACUCCUCAGCAUUAGAAAGUUAUUCCCAUAUGCAACCGCGGCACUUCUUCCUCUGGCAUUUGACCACUUGUUUCUAGCCUAAAGCAUUGCAGAUAUAUGCGUCGUUUUAGAUUGGUAUUUGUAUUUAUUAUGGAUCCCCCCAUUAGCUACUCUUCCUGGGGUCCAGCAAAAUGAAGGCAGUUAUACAUUUGAAAAACAUUACAAUACAUUCAUAACAGAUUUCACAACAUAUUAAGUGUGUGCCCUCAGGCCUCUACUACCACAUAUCUAUAACACAAAAUCCAAGCAUACGUGUGUAUAGUGCAUAUGUUAUCGUGUGUUUGUAUGCAGGUGUCUAUGUUUGUGUUGAUUCACAGUCCCCGCUGUUCCAUAAGAUGUAUUUUUGUCUGUGUUUUAAAUCUAAUUUUACUGCUGGCAUGAGUUACUUAAUGUGGAAUAGAGUUCCAUGUAGUCAUGGCUCUAUGUAGUACUGUACACCUCCCAUAGUCUGUUCUGGACUUGGGGACUGUGAAGAGUCCUCUGGUGGCAUGUCUUGUGGGGUAUGCAUCCGAGCUGUGUGCCAGUAGUUCAAACAGACAGCUCGUGCUCCUCUUUAUGGCACCUGACCACACGACAGAACAAUAGUCCAGGUGCGACAAAACUAGGGCCUGUAGGACCUACAUUGUUGAUAGUGUUGUUAAAAAGGCAGAGCAGCGCUUUAUUAUAGACAGACUUCUCCCCAUCUUAGCUGCUGUUGUAUCAAUAUGUUUUGACCAUGACAGUUUACAAUCCAGGGUUCCUCCAAGCAAUUUAGUCUCCUCAACUUGCUCAAUUUCCACAUUAUUCAUUACAAGAUUUAGUUAAGGUUUAGGGUUUAGUGAAUGAUUUGUCCCAAAUACAAUGCUUUUAGUUUUUGAAAUAUUUAGGACUAACUUAUUCCUUGCCACCCAUUCUGAAAAUAGCUGCAGCUCUUUGUUAAGUGUUGCUGUCAUUUCAGUCGCUGUGGUAGCUGACGUGUAUAGUGUUGAGUCGUCCGCAUACAUAGACACACUUCAAAGCCAGUGGCAUAUCGUUAGUAAAGAUUGACAAAAGUAAAGGGCCUAGACAGCUGCCCUGGGGAAUUCCUGAUUCUACCUGGAUUUUGUUGGAGAGGCUUCCAUUAAAGAACACCCUCUGUGUUCUGUUAGACAGGUAACUCUUUAUCCACAAUAUAGCAGCGGGUGUAAAGCCAUAACACAUACGUUUUUCCAGCAACAGACUAUGAUCGAUAAUGUCGAAAGCCACACUGAAGUCUAACAAAACAGCCCCUACAAUCUUUUUAUCAUCAAUAUCUCUCAGCCAAUCAUCGGUCAUUUGUGUAAGUGCUGUGCUUGUUGAAUGUCCUUCCCUAUAAGAGUGCUGAAAGUCUGUUGUCAAUUUGUUUACUGUAAAAUAGCAUUUUAUCUGGUCAAACACCAUUUUUUCCAAAGGUUUACUAAGGGUUGGUAACAGGCUGAUUGUUCGACUAUUUGAGCCAGUUAAGGGGGCUUUACUGUUCUUAGGUAGGGGAAUAACUUUUGCUUCCCUCCAGGCCUGAGGGCACACACUUUCUAGUAGGUUUAAAUUGAAGAUGUGUCAAAUAGGAGUGGCAAUAUCGUCCGUUGUUAUCCUCAGUAAUUUUCCAUCCAAGUUGUUAGAAGCCGGUGGCUUCCCAUUAUUGAUCGACAAUAAUACUUUUUUCACCUCUUCCACACUUACUUUACGGAAUUCAAAAUUACAAUGCCUGUCUUUCAUAAUUUGGUCAGAUAUACUUGGAUGUGUAGUGUCAGUGUUUGUUGCUGGCAUGUCAUGCCUAAGUUUGCUAAUCUUGCCAAUAAAGAAAAAUCAUUAAAGUAGUUGGCAAUAUCAGUGGGUUUUGUGAUGAAUGAGCCAUCUGAUUCAAUUAAUGAAUCAACAUUUCAUUUAAGGUGCUCCAAAGCUUUUUAUUAUAAUUCUUUAUGUAAUUUAUCUUUGUUUCAUAGUGUAGUUUCUUAUUUCUUUUUAUUCAGUUUAGUCACAUGAUUUCUCAUUUUGCAGUACGUUAGCCAAUCGGUUGUACUGCCAGAGUUAUUUGCCAUCUCUUUUGCCUCAUCCCUCUCAACCAUACCAUUUUUCAAUUGCUCAUCAAUCCACGGUGAUUAAACAGUUUGUACAGUCAUUUUCUUAAUGGGUGCAUGCUUAAUAGUAACUGGGAUCAGCAAUUUCAUAAAUGUGUCAAGUGCAGCGUCUGGUUUGCUCGUCAUUACACACCACAGAUGUCACGCCCUGGCUCUGGGGACUCUUAUAUGUUGAGCCAGGGUGUUAGUAUCUAUGUUUAGUGUUCUAUGUUCAGGUUCUAGAUCAUGUGUUUCUAUGUUGGCCGGGGUGGUUCCCAAUCAGAGGCAGCUGUGGCUUGUUGUCUCUGAUUGGGAACCAUACUUAGGCAGCCUGUUUUGCACUUGUCAUUUGUGGGAUCUUGUUCCGGAGAGGUUUCUGUUUUGUUAACCUUAGGACUUCACGUAUUGUUUUGUUAUAUUUGUAAGUACUCAUUAAAAGAUGUACGCAUAUCACGCUGCGCCUUGGUCCACUUCAUGUAACAUUCGUGACAACAGACCAACAAAUAUUCUUCACAUCAACAACAUAGGAAUCACUACAAAACGUAUUAUUGUAUUAGGCCCAGCCUUUGGAACUAGAUAUGGCUACUAUAUUGUGAUCACUACAUCUGAUGGAUUUGGAUACUGCUUUCAAACAAAUUUCUGCAGCAUUAGUAAAGAUAUGAUCAAUACAUGUUGAUGAUUUAAUUCCUGUACUGUUUGUAACUACUCUGGUAGGUUGAUUGAUAACCUGAACCAGGUUGCAGGCACUAGUUACAGUUUGAAGCUUUCUCUUGAGUGGGCAGCCUGAAGAAAGCCAGUCAAUAUUUAAAUCACCCAGAAAGUAUACCUCUCUAUUGAUAUCACAUAUAUUAUCAAGCAUUUCACACAAUCGCGAAUUGUCAAAAAAAAUAAUUAAAAAAAAUACGGUAUAUACUUUUUUUUACCCCUCAAAUCAAGGAAAGUCCCUGGGAACCCCUGGAGUAAAUUAUCCCAGAGAAAGGUGGACAAGGAAAGCUUUAUAAAUGCCCCUUUUAAAAAUGAAUGAAAAAUGAAUGGUGAAUGCGUGCAGAGUGAAGGAAACCAAGAAAACCAAACAUCAAUGUUGUCCUUCAUGUUUCCCAGGAAUCUCCAUAUGUGAUGCUGAAGAAGAAUCAUGAGCAGCUGGUGGGGAACGAUAAGUAUGAGGGCUAUUGUGUGGAGCUGGCCGCCGAGAUCGCCAAGCAUGUGGGCUAUACUUAUAAACUGGAGAUUGUAGGGGAUGGCAAGUACGGAGCCAGAGACGCUGAGUCCAAGAUGUGGAACGGGAUGGUGGGCGAGCUGGUUUAUGGGGUUAGUAACCAUCUCAUGAACACACUAGGCUCUGAGAGAGGAGAAAUGUGUUAAUUGUACACUCUCAGUCAACACAGCAGUCCAUGGAAUUCAUCCAAUAGCAAGGACUCAUUUUUAAUGCAACCACUCUUUCGGUUUAUAUAGUAGCAGUAACCAAAAUGGUGCACAUGUGGUACAAUAUCUGCCUUUUAUACAACGGGUGGGUCUAAUCCUGAAUGCUGAUUGGUUAAAACCGCAUUCCAGCCGGUGUCUAUUCCACAAGUUACUACCGGCUAAAUCUAUGACGGUAAAAUGCCUAUUUACUCUGUUCCAUCUGACUGUCUCAUCAGCCCAGCCAGGCAAUUUAUAAACUUGAUCUUCACUGUAAAAAGCAUCUAGACAUUACAUUUACAUUUUAGUCAUUUAGCAGACGCUCUUAUCCAGAGCGACUUACAGUUAGUGAGUGCAUACAUAUACAAAAGGGGAGAACAAUUAUUUGAUACACUGCCGAUUUUGCAGGUUUUCCUACUUACAAAGCAUGUAGAGGUCUGUAAUUUUUUAUCAUAGGUACACUUCAACUGUGAGAGACGGAAUCUAAAACAAAAAUCCAGAAAAUCACAUUGUAUGAUUUUUAAGAAAUAAUUUGCAUUUUAUUGCAUGACAUAAAUAUUUGAUACAUCAGAAAAGCAGAACUUAAUAUUUGGUACAGAAACCUUUGUUUGCAAUUACAGAGAUCAUACGUUUCCUGUAGGUCUUGACCAGGUUUGCACACACUGCAGCAGGGAUUUUGGCCCACUCCUCCAUACAGACCUUCUCCAGAUCCUUCAGGUUUCGGGGCUGUUGCUGGGCAAUACAGACUUUCAGCUCCCUCCAAAGAUUUUCUAUUGGGUUCAGGUCUGGAGACUGGCUAGGCCACUCCAGGACCUUGAGAUGCUUCUUACGGAGCCACUCCUUAGUUGCCCUGGCUGUGUGUUUUGGGUCGUUGUCAUGCUGGAAGACCCAGCCACGACCCAUCUUCAAUGCUCUUGCGAUACAUGGCCCCAUCCAUCCUCCCCUCAAUACGGUGCAGUCGUCCUGUCCAGCAUCCCCAAAGAAUGAUGUUUCCACCUCCAUGCUUCACAGUUGGGAUGGUGUUCUUGGGGUUGUACUCAUCCUUCUUCUUCCUCCAAACACGGUGAGUGGAGUUUAGACCAAAAAGCUAUAUUUUUGUCUCAUCAGACCACAUGACCUUCUCCCAUUCCUCCUCUGGAUCAUCCAGAUGGUCAUUGGCAAACUUCAGACGGGCCUGGACAUGCGCUGGCUUGAGCAGGGGGACCUUACGUGCGCUGCAGGAUUUUAAUCCAUGACGGCGUAGUGUGUUACUAAUGGUUUUCUUUGAGACUGUGGUCCCAGCUGCCGUGUAGUUCUGGGCUGAUCCCUCACCUUCCUCAUGAUCAUUGAUGCCCCACGAGGUGAGAUCUUGCAUGGAGCCCCAGACCGAGGGUGAUUGACCGUCAUCUUGAACUUCUUCCAUUUUCUAAUAAUUGCACCAACAGUUGUUGCCUUCUCACCAAGCUGCUUGCCUAUUGUCCUGUAGCCCAUCCCAGCCUUGUGCAGGUCUACAAUUUUAUCCCUGAUGUCCUUACACAGCUCUCUGGUCUUGGCCAUUGUGGAGAGGUUGGAGUCUGUUUGAUUGAGUGUGUGGACAGGUGUCUUUUAUACAGGUAACGAGUUCAAACAGGUGCAGUUAAUACAGGUAAUGAGUGGAGAACAGGAGGGCUUCUUAAAGAAAAAUUAACAGGUCUGUGAGAGCAGGAAUUCUUACUGGUUGGUAGGUGAUCAAAUACUUAUGUCAUGCAAUAAAAUGCAAAUUAAUUACUUAUAAAUCAUACAAUGUGAUCUCACAGUUGAAGUGUACCUAUGAUAAAAAUGACAGACCUCUACAUGCUUUGUAAGUAGGAAAACCUGCAAAAUCAGCAGUGUAUCAAAUACUUGUUCUCCCCCAUGGGUCUCCCGGUCGCGGCCGGCUACGACAGAGCCUGGAUUCAAACCAGGAUCUCUAGUGGCACAGCUAGCACUGCGAUGCAGCACCUUUGACAACUGCGUCACUCGGGAGACAUAAUCUCACAUUUCUUUUAGACUAAAAUGUAGUUUUCCAGUACACACCGGUGUACCAUCCUUUAUCUCAACCUUCACUAAAGCCUUUCCCCAGUCAAUAUUAAAGAUUCAAUAUUCAAACAGACACGACAUUAAGCCUAAUCCUAACCUAACAAAUCUCUUCAAAAUACGUGUGCAAUGAUUUUGUUAGUGGAUGUUUGUCACAUUCUAAAUACAUCAAACAAAUUCAAUGUGGCCUUUAGUAUAAAUACUGUUCCGUUGUGUUAUUUUAUAAGUCUGGUACACUACAUUGUACAUUCCUUUGCUACCGUAGCCAAAAGACAUACUGCAGCGCAGUUUAUUUAUUUCCAAUAUUAUGUAGGUUUGACAUAAAUUCUUUGUGAUAAGAAUAACAUUGUGUUGUAGAAGUAUUUCACAGCUUGGCUUCAGAAAGGACACAGCGCGUCCCUACAAGUUGUAAGAUAUAUUCGGACAAAGGUCUAAACCUCUCACUUUACAUGUCCAGCCAGAUUUCUCAAUGUCAAAACAUAUAACCACACAAUGCAGAUGGGCCUUGAUAGGCUGGCAGUGUUGAAGUGAUAGCGUAACAAAUAGUCAAAAUCUGUUGUCUGGUAACCAAAGAAUUGGGCAACAGGCAACAGAUUGACAACAGUACAGUAUCUGGAUUUGUAUUCCAGGAAGGCUGUUAUUGAAACGUCCCUUACAGAACUGUCACUUCUCAUAUCUUCCGUUGUUCAUGUGAAUCAUGUCAAACCCUAUUUCUCUGCCCUCAGGAACUUGAGAUGAAAGAUACGCUCACAGUUUGGUCUAGGGUACAGUAGAAUGUAUGUUCUGUCCUCACAAUGACAGAGGUGCUGGGUGGCCUCAACCAAAUCAAGUCUCGCUUGGAGGGUUUCAUUUUUUUCUCUCAGUGUUGUAAGCCUAACAUUUCUUGAAAGCGAUCCAUUAUUAUUCAGCUUGAAAAGGCUCAGUGUUUAUGUAAGCCAGAGCUCUCUAGAGAGAGUGAUUUUAGAAAGUUGCCUUAUGGGAACAGAGUUUACUAUUACUGAGGCGUAAUGCUAAUCCUUGUUAUUUACAUUCCUUCACAUCACCUUAAAGGGGCGAUCUGCAGUUGCUACAUCCAUUUUUAGACUUAUGGACCCAUUGAUUCUUGAAUAAAAUGGCUUAUUAAUGCCUCAUGAGCUUAGUUCAACUGUCGUACCCCAUCAGAACCCAAAAUAUUAGCUUGAUUUACUCCAUUGUUUGUAAACAAAGUAAAUGUAAACCAACAGCCUCAAAACAUGGUUAAAACUAUCAUGUUGAUAUCAUGGAUGGUCAGUCCUCGCAUCCAUAGCUCUGUCUAUGAAUUUGAGAGUGGUAACAUUUCUUCAGCCACAUCCCUCAGCUUUUUACCAAAACGGGCUGGGAAAACGCUUUGUUAUUGUUUCAACUGCUGAUUGCCCCUUUAAGGAAAUGCUUUUGUCAUAUCCACUUGAAGUCUUUAUGGAUGGAAGGACGAAUACAGAGAUGGAUUUCUGAGUGUAGGGAUACUGUUGGAAGGACGAAUACAGAGAUGGAUUUCUGAGUGUAGGGAUACUGUUGGAAGGACGAAUACAGAGAUGGAUUUCUGAGUGUAGGGAUAAUGUUGGUGAAUGAUACAUUGAGGGAGAGCUACAUAGAUGAACACGUAAUUCUCUCCUUGACUCCUAGAAAGCAGACGUGGCAGUAGCCCCGUUGACCAUCACCCUGGUGAGAGAGGAGGUGAUCGACUUCUCCAAGCCCUUCAUGUCCCUGGGCAUCUCCAUCAUGAUCAAGAAGCCCACCAAGUCCAAACCUGGGGUCUUCUCCUUCCUCGACCCGCUGGCCUACGAGAUCUGGAUGUGCAUCGUGUUUGCCUACAUCGGUGUGAGCGUGGUUCUGUUCCUGGUCAGCCGCUUCAGCCCGUACGAGUGGCAGGGGGACGAUUCAGAGGGGGAGGAGGGUCAAGAGCAGCAGCAGAGACAGCAGCACAACCAGCAGUCGUCCUCCAGUCCCAGGAGAGAGCCAGGACAGUCCCAGUCCCAACCGGGCCAAAACCAGGGCCAAGGACAGGGCCAGGGCCAGAGCCAGAGUGAGGGGCACACCAAUGAGUUUGGGAUAUUCAACAGCCUGUGGUUCUCGCUGGGCGCCUUCAUGCAGCAGGGCUGUGAUAUCUCGCCAAGGUAGGCAAACCUUUUUUUUAACCCCACUGUUACCUGUAGUGUUUCCAUUAACAACAUCCUUCCUCACUAUAAUAGUUACCCCACAGUGAAGACAGGGAAGAUUAGUCAUCAGCAGACAGGAUAUAGAGGCAUUCUGCAGAACAGAACAGAAAAGAUCAGAUCGGAUCGGAUCAGAACAGAACAAGAUCAGAUCGGAUCGGAUCAGAACAGAACAAGAGCAGAGUGACAGACUGACUGACAGUAUGACUGGACAGGGCCUUCAGGAGCCUGUGUUCAUAUCACAACCCAAGGCAGCAGUCAUGGGGUCCAGGCCAGACCCUGGUCAGGGGUUCCCUAGCCCAAGCCAAGCCCCAGGCCCAGUGCACUGGGUCCAGUCCAGGCUGCUGUUGGAGGUGCGUGUUGUUGUGCUCUCAUCAGGACAGACAUGGAUAUAAUUAUUAUAUCAGCAGACGCUACUCAGAGAGGAGAGACAAAGGUUUCCCUAAGAUAGGGGUAGUUUUAUUGGCACACAAAAUAGGGUGUAUUUUUCAUGUUGAUUCUUGGUGAGUAGACAUGUCAAAUUCAAAAGAAGAAUUGGAGAAAUUAGAUUAAAUUACGUUUUUUUACAGGAUUCCUUCCUUCCAGUGAGUUAAUGUUAAAAGAACCCUUUCGGAUAACUUUACAUUGUGCCUCCUGUAUCUCGUAGAAAGGAAAUGGCAGACACAUUGGAUUGCAACUGCUUUGGUCAUAUCUACUGCAGAUCUAUGUGGCUCCUUAUGCACUGUUCCCUUGCCACAGGGCAGGAGUACCAUUCUCAUUAUCACAAUUCCCUGCCUUGCAUCUUUGUUUCCAGCUAACCAUACUGUACGGUGUCCUGCGCCCCUCCCUGCCUGCCUGCCUAGCUUGACUCACGCCUGGCCUCUGUUGUUCUUUAAUGUUCCACUGUCCCCUCGGCUUAGUUAACACUUGCAUGUGUAUAUUAUCAAUUUAUUCCUUCAUAAAGUCAUGUGGCGAUUCAUUACCAGAUCAUUAGUGCAGGUCAAUCUGGUGACAUUCCUGCUGACGGCCCACUGCCUUCUCCUCCUCCUCCUCCUCCUCCUCCUCCUCCUCCUCCUCCUCCUCCUCCUCCUCAUUAUAAAGAAAGGCCCCUGGGCGCUUGGCUUGUUCUAACUGCUGGCUCCUCAGCCACUGCCUGACGUUUAGGCGGACAUGUGUAUCCUUCUGCAUUGAGGGAACUAAUGAGCUCAAAUUCCAUUACAUUUGCAGAAAGCUGCGUAAUGGCCUCAAAUUAGAUUACAUUUGCAGAAAGCUGCCUGUGACAGAUGUUGUUUUCUCUGUCAUAGAUGCAUCCAAUUUAACCCAGCCAGAAUGGUGAAGCAUCAGGAGAAGAACUCUUUAGCGCUGUCUGUUCCAAGGACAUCCCAAGCAGUCUGUCUUAGUUUGUGCUGUAGAAGCGGAUUUUCCUCUCCCAUUUCUCUGUCCCCCUAUACUGGCCAAUGAGGCACAGAUGUGAACUGCAGAUAGUUGAUUCCUCUAAAUGAAAUCAUUACAAAGGCUUUGAUUUUCUAUCUUGUCUUCUCUUCUCUGCUGUUUUCUGUUUUAACACUUCAGUUUCCCCUCUCCUCAGUUGACUUGGGAGCAGUCUCUCUCUCUCUCUCUCUCUCUCUCUCUCUCUCUCUCUCUCACUCUCUCUCCUCCUCACUCUCUCUCUCUCACUCUCCUCUCUCUCUCUCUCUCUCUCUCCUCUCUCUCUCUCUCUCUCUCUCUCUCUCUCUCUCUCUCUCUCUCUCUCUCUCUCUCUCUCUCUCUUCUUUCUUUCUCUCUCUCUUUCGCUCUCUCUCUCCUGUGUGAAUCAUUUGGGUUUCAUGGUCUAAGCCUCUGGGUGGGCUGGUGAUUUUGACUUCGUCUCUCAAGCUGUCAGAGGAGGGAAGACCUGACAAAUAGUGGUGAUUCACCUCCAUGCUACCUCAGGGGGUCAGACAGUGAUGGAGAAACUCAGUGGGAUAAGGCCAGAGGGCAGAUGAGUUACAUUCAUGUCUCAAACACAUAGUGACUCUCUUAAUCCGUCAUGCAUCACACUAGGUAAUACUUAUAGCCUACACAGGAUGGGUUUUAUAAUAACACCUCUCCAAUUAUUUAGAGGAGUCUUGCCCUCUGCUCUUUUCUCCAACUGAAAGGAUUUUAUUUUGCGAGAAUCUACACUCAGCGGUCAGUUUAUUAGGUACACCCAUCUAGCUGCGGGUCGGACCCUCCUUUUGCCUCCAGAACAGUGUGAAUUAUUUGGGGCGUGUAAACUUUGCUCAGUUGGCAUCAAGGGGACCUAACGUGUGCCAUGAAAACAUUCCCCACACCAUUACACCACCGCCACCAGUCUGUACCAUUGAGAUACUGGAACCGGCGCACCUGGCACCGACAAUCAUACCACCCCAAAAGUCGAUUAGGCCAAUCGUAUUGCCCAUUCUAACGUUCAAUCAAACAGCAACUGAAUGCCUCGAUGCCUGUCUGCCUGCUUUAUAUAGCAAGCCACUGCCACGUAACUCACUGUCUGUAGCAGCGAACCAUUUUGGUGAACGGGGUGGUGUACCUAAUAAACUGGUCACUGAGUGUAUAGUCAUGUACCUUCUUCAGUAUUGCGAAAGCGUGUGCCGUGAGGGUACUGUAUCUCUGAGGGAGUCUAAUUUGGAGCAGAGAGGUGGGGGGACUAUGAAAGGUCACCUGAAGGUCAAUAUGAAUAGAAAGGUCAACUUGCUUCCCACACUGGGGUGUUCAGUGAGCAGACCUGCAGUAAAACAGCUCAAAUGUCAUAUAUAGACAGCAGCUCUGAGGGAAGAACAGUUUAAAGACUGGCCGGGCCAGCUGAGUUUGGCAGGAUGCUAUUUGUCAGAGAAUGCAGUAACUAGGAGGCCUGCCAUGUUGACGAUAAUCUCCAAACAACCAGAUCGAAACAUAACUUUGAAGAACAAGGGCUUUACAAGAGCAAUGGGAGAUGGAAGGAGCAGCUUUGUGGGAAGACACCAGCUAUUUAUUAAUGAUAACAUGUCUGAUCUCUGUAAAUGUCACCACGGCCACUCAGAGAGGGCUCUUCACAUAGCAAGCCGCUAGAAGUUUAACUUCUGAGGUAAAUGUCUGUGUGUGCCAUUUUAAAUGCACACUGAUUACAGAUUAUCUGUAAUUAUCUUAUAGUUAUUAGACAUGAUUAGCCUCACAUACAUGAGGUUUGUUAGCAACGUCCUUCUAACUGCACGCAGAGACAUAAAAAUGGUGUCCACGAGUUCAUCUGACUCUGAGGAAGUAGAUAAAGUGCCUCAUUGCCAAAAUCCCAAAGUAUCCCUUUAAUCUUUUUGUUCUCCCAUGUGCAAAGCCGAUGGAAUUCCCUCCCAUUCACAGAGAUAAUCUAAUAUUAAAUAGUGUUUUACUAAUAGCUGGCGUGAUCAAGGCAGUGAGAAAGUGUCAGUACCUCCCUCCAUACCUCCCUCCAUGCCUCCCUCCAUACCUCCCUCCAUACCUCCCUCCAUGCCUCCCUCCAUGCCUCCCUCCAUACCUCCCUCCAUGCCUCCCUCCAGACCUCCCUCCAUACCUCCCUCCAUACCUCCCUCCAUACCUCCCUCCAUGCUUCCCUCCAUACCUCCCUCCAUACCUCCCUCCAUGCCUCCCUCCAUACCUCCCUCGAUGCCUCCCUCCAUACCUCCCUCCAUGCCUCCCUCCAUGCCUCCCUCCAUACCUCCCUCCAUGCCUCCCUCCAUACCUCCCUCCAUACCUCCCUCCAUGCUUCCCUCCAUACCUCCCUCCAUACCUCCCUCCAUACCUCCCUCCAUGCUUCCCUCCAUACCUCUCUCCAUACCUCCCUCCAUGCUUCCCUCCAUACCUCCCUCCAUACCUCCCUCCAUGCUUCCCUCCAUACCUCCCUCCCUGCUUCCCUCCAUACCUCCCUCCAUACCUCCCUCCAUGCUUCCCUCCAUACCUCCCUCCAUACCUCCCUCCAUGCCUCCCUCCAUGCCUCCCUCCAUACCUCCCUCCAGACCUCCCUCCAUACCUCCCUCCAGACCUCCCUCCAUACCUCCCUCCAUACCUCCCUCCAUACCUCCCUCCAUGCCUCCCUCCAUACCUCCCUCCAUGCCUACCUCCAUACCUCCCUUCAUGCCUCCCUCCAUACCUCCCUCCAUACCUCCCUCCAUGCUUCCCUCCAUACCUCCCUCCAUGCCUCCCUCCAUGCCUCCCUCCAUACCUCCCUCCAGACCUCCCUCCAUACCUCCCUCCAUACCUCCCUCCAUGCCUCCCUCCAUACCUCCCUCCAUGCCUCCCUCCAUACCUCCCUCCAUACCUCCCUCCAUGCUUCCCUCCAUACCUCCCUCCAUGCCUCCCUCCAUGCCUCCCUCCAUGCCUCCCUCCAUACCUCCCUCCAGACCUCCCUCCAUGCUUCCCUCCAUACCUCCCUUCAUGCCUCCCUCCAUGCCUCCCUCCAUACCUCCCUCCAUGCCUCCCUCCAUACCUCCCUCCAUGCUUCCCUCCAUACCUCUCUCCAUACCUCCCUCCAUGCUUCCCUCCAUACCUCCCUCCAUACUUCCCUCCAUACCUCCCUCCAUACCUCCCUCCAUGCUUCCCUCCAUACCUCCCUCCAUGCUUCCCUCCAUACCUCCCUCCAUACCUCCCUCCAUACCUCCCUCCAUGCUUCCCUCCAUACCUCCCUCCAUACCUCCCUCCAUACCUCCCUCCAUGCUUCCCUCCAUACCUCUCUCCAUACCUCCCUCCAUGCUUCCCUCCAUACCUCCCUCCAUACUUCCCUCCAUACCUCCCUCCAUACCUCCCUCCAUGCUUCCCUCCAUACCUCCCUCCAUGCUUCCCUCCAUACCUCCCUCCAUACCUCCCUCCAUGCUUCCCUCCAUACCUCCCUCCAUACCUCCCUCCAUACCUCCCUCCAUGCUUCCCUCCAUACCUCCCUGGUACUACUAGAGUCUGCUCAGGGAAGAUAGCCCUCCUGUCUGCUUGGAUGUGUGUUUGCUGUUGCGUUUUGCCUGAGGGGAUCUCACUCUCAGCCUCAUACGCUCCACUUUCACCGCUGGAGGAAUGAGUGCUGCACCUCUAACGUUAUUGUAACGUUUCACAGCUCAUUAAAGUAAUUUACUGGACACAAUAUCUCAUACUUACGCAUGCCAUACAGAGGUUUCUGUAGGUAGACGAGUUAUGAAAGGGUUAAGAUUAGUUUUAAAUAUAUAAUCUCUUGACACUAGCCAGGGUGAUACACUACCUGACCAAAAGUAUGUGGACACUUGCUCGUCGAACAUCUCAUUCCAAAAUCAUGGGCAUUAAUAUGGAGUUGGUUCCCCCUUUGCUGCUAUAACAGCCUCCACUCUUCUGGGAAGGCUUUCCACUAGACGUUGGAACAUUGCUGCGGGGACUUGCUUCCAUUCAGCCACAAGAGCAUUAGUGAGGUCGGGCACUGAUGUUGGGCGAUUAGGCCUGGCUCGCAGUCGGCGUUCCAAUUCAUCCCAAAGGUGGUCGAUGGGGUUGAGGUCAGGGCUCUGUGCAGGCCAGUCAUGUUCUCGACAAACCAUUUCUGUAUGGACCUCGCUUUGUGCAUGGGGACAUUGUCAUGCUGAAACAGGAAAGGGCCUUCCCUAAACUGUUGCCACAAAGUUGGAAACACAGAAUCGUCUAUAAUGUCAUUGGAUGCUGUAGAUUUCCCUUCACUGGAACUAAGGGGCCUAGCCCGAACCCUGUAGUGAGUGUUGCAACCAAGGACAGACGUUUUUUACGCGCUACGCGCUCGGCAGUCCUGUUCUGUGAGCUUGUGUGGCCUACCACUUUGCGGCUGUGCCACUGUUGCUCCUAGAUGUUUCCACUUCACAAUAACAUCACUUACAGUUGACCGGGGCAGCUCUAGCAGGGCAGAAAUUUGACAAAAUGACUUGUUAGAAAGGUGGCAUCCUAUGACGGUGCCACGUUGAAAGUCACUGAGCUCUUCAGUACAGGCCAUUCUACUGCCAAUGUUUGUCUAUGGAGAUUGCAUGGCUGUGUGCUCGAUUUUAUACACCUGUCAGCAACGGGUGUGGCUGAAAUUGACAAAUCCACUAAUUUGAAGGGGUGUCCACAUACUUGUUUAUAAAGUGUAUCAAUUUAAGGAGAGAAAGGUUUAAGUGUGUUCAUAUGUACAGUACGUAUGUGUGUGCACAGUGGGGAAUGGUCAGUGUGUAACCCCGGACCAGUUCCCUCUGCCUGUGUGUCUGCAGUGAGACAUGGUGGUGUAUGGGUCAGAGCUCCAGGCUCCAGGCAGAUGUGAUUAGUGUGACCAGAUGCCCCGAACGCUCCUCUUCCUGCCCCAGGCACAGUCUGUCACUUCAACUCUACUGUCACACACACAACGCAACACAACGCCCAGCCAUCCCUAAAAACAUUUACACACUCUCACGCGUUGUACUCCUUUAACAGUACACACAGUACACAUUGUUUCUCUGAACCACACACACACACAAACACACCUAGGCAUGCACAUACACACACACGGACACAAACAGACACACACACACAUACACACACAAACCCAACCCCUGCGGGCCUCACAUCCCUUUCCCUGUACAGAGGUGACCCAGUCGCCCUCCGUGUUAUGACAUGCUUAACAGUGUUUAAACAACGGUUCUGUCAAAAACAGAGAUCCCUGUCACAUCUGAACUGUGUGCUGCAGACGCAGUGUUCUGUUCAAACAAUACAGACUGACAGAAUGCAAUGUUGUGGAGUUCAGCAUCGUUUCUGGAGACUCCUUAGCCGCCCAGACUUGUCUGACAGACCUACGGACAUAACACUGCCUCCCUCUGAUGAGCUCAAAUGUUUGGUUCACCGUGACAGAGUACUGUGUGUCUGUGUGUGUGUUUGCGUGUGUGUGUGUGUGUGUGUGUGUGUGUGUGUGUGUGUGUGUGUGUGUGUGUGUUUGCGUGCGUGUGUGUGUGUGUGUGUGUGUGUGUGUGUGUGUGUGUGUGUAUGUGUGUGUGUGUGUGUGUGUGUGUGUGUGUUUGCGUGCGUGUGUGUAUGUGUGUGUGUGUGUGUGUGUGUGUGUGUGUGUGUGUGUGUGUGUGUGUGUGUGUGUGUGUGUGUGUGUGUGUUUUGCUUUAGCGCACACUUGGGAAAUUAUUUGUCAUUUUCAUUUUAUUGUUACCAUUGGUGAUGUGCAUGGUUACCUCAUUACCUCUUAUGUGUAAUUAAAGGAAGUGUUAUAGCUAUCCACGUUAAUAUCAACCCUGUUUACCAGUUAGUUGCAUUAUAACUAACAUUUUAGAAGCGUUCCCUUCUGCUAACAUGCUGGAGGUGUAACUGGACGACCAUGGAGAGUUUUUAUCCCAUCUGCUUGUAGUGGCUGGACCUGGAGAAUCCCCCUGUCCGGUUCUUGGUGGCUUAAACUAUUGGCAGGCUCUUUCUCUGGAGAUCAGCUUGUUGGCUGGCUAGUGCAGAGGCGUCAAAAGAUUGCUGUGCCUGCUAGCUGUCAUGAAUUGAAGUCGAAGAUAGGGCUUAUUGUUUUUGCUUUCCUUUGCUGGAAUUUUCUGUGGCAUUCUCACAUGCUACCCCCCACCUCUACUCCUGUGCUAACUCUGUUCUCGCUGCUUUAAAAUUCUCUUUUAGUGUGUGAGCUGCAUUGUGCAGAAGGGAUUCAGGGCAAUAAAAGGAGGUUUUGUUCAGCGAAUCUUCCAAGAGGAACGGUUUCUGGAUUUGGAAACAGGUGUGUGGGUGAGGAUGUUCUUCUCCCUGAAUUUGCAGGGUAAAUCCAAAUACUGGAGCCAGCUUAUCCUCUGUUUUGCAUAAAACAACACAGAACAACAAUUUGCUAUUUUUACAGCUAUUUUUUUUCACACAAUUCCUCUGCUUUAGUUAGUGCUUUGCUGCUUCCAAAAGAGGAGUGUCGUCUUUGAGAAAUAUGCAUUGACACUCAGAGGUCCUGCAAUGCUGAACGCCAUUUUCUACAGAUCUAUCUGUCUUUCCCCUCAGCCCACACAACUUUCAUGUUUGUUUACGCCUGCUCUGACUGAAAUUGAGAGGAUUGUUUCAUACAAUGCAUACUAAUUGGGUGGGUGCAGCCUACAAAGGACAAUCCAACAAUGUGUGUUUCUGUUUUCAUAAAUGUGAUCUCUGUUUCUUAGCGACACUGUGAUCUUUGGAGCAGACGUACUGCAGCAGCUGUCUGUGCUGUAGUUCAGAACACACUUGUAGCAGAGCAUAGAUUCAGGCCUGGAAUGGGGUCAGGUCUUUUAGAUUCAGGCCUGGAAUGGGGUCAGGUCUUUUAGAUUCAGGCCUGGAAUGGGGUCAGGUCUUUUAGAUUCAGGCCUGGAAUGGGGUCAGGUCUUUUAGAUUCAGGCCUGGAAUGGGGUCAGGUCUUUUAGAUUCAGGCCUGGAAUGGGGUCAGGUCUUUUAGAUUCAGGCCUGGAAUGGGGUCAGGUCUUUUAGAUUCAGGCCUGGAAUGGGGUCAGGUCUUUUAGAUUCAGGCCUGGAAUGGGGUCAGGUCUUUUAGAUUCAGGCCUGGAAUGGGGUCAGGUCUUUUAGAUUCAGGCCUGGAAUGGGGUCAGGUCUUUUAGAUUCAGGCCUGGAAUGGGGUCAGGUCUUUUAGAUUCAGGCCUGGAAUGGGGUCAGGUCUUUUGAAGGUAUCACUAUUGCGAUGAUUGAUCGCAAAUUUUUUGGGGGGCUUAUUUUUUCUCGUAUAGUGUAUGUUGCGGUGAACAGAUAGAGCUUAUUUUGUUUCGUUGUUUUGUACAACACUCACACUCAAUCAAACAAGGAAAAGCAAUUACUACACAUCUCUCUAUACCUGUGGCAUUGUGAGAAACUGAGUGAUUAUCCAAGUGAUUGUGAUUAUCCGUAUAGUGUCAACAGAAAGCAAUGUAUCAUUGUGUGCCAACAAAUGAUUAGUGUUACUCUUGAAGCAUUGAUUUAUCACUUCCCUCACUCAACACUUCCACUUUCCUUUGCUUCUAUCUGAGAUGGCAAUGUUUGGAUCGUUAGAGACUCCUCUCUCUCUCUUCUCUCUAGGUCCCUCUCUGGUCGCAUCGUGGGGGGUGUGUGGUGGUUCUUCACCCUCAUCAUCAUCUCGUCCUACACGGCCAACCUGGCUGCCUUCCUCACAGUAGAGAGGAUGGUGUCGCCCAUAGAGAGUGCUGAGGACCUGGCUAAGCAGACGGAGAUCGCCUAUGGUACCCUAGACGGAGGCUCCACCAAAGAGUUCUUCAGGGUAAGCUGAAGCUCUAGAUGUCAUCACUCUGGAAAAGCAUUAACUGUCAUGAAGUGACUCCAAAUUGUUUUUGAUGAGGCGGUUACAUUCUCACAGAGCACCUAUAUACAGUAUUUUACCCAUUUAUUGUUUUUGCACCCUAGAGAUCAAAAAUCGCAGUGUUUGAGAAGAUGUGGUCCUACAUGAAGUCUGCUGACCCGUCAGUGUUCGUGAAGACCACAGACGAGGGCGUGGUGCGGGUCAGGAAGUCCAAAGGGAGGUAUGCCUACCUGCUGGAGUCCACCAUGAAUGAGUACAUCGAGCAGAGGAAACCCUGUGACACCAUGAAGGUCGGGGGAAACCUGGACUCCAAGGGUUACGGAGUGGCCACGCCCAAGGGAUCAGCACUAAGGUAUUACAGUGUGUAGGGCUGGUCACGUCACCAUGACGAUCGACCACACACGUUGUGUUUUACAUGUGAAUGCCAAAUGCACCCUUGAGGUGAGUGAGGUUUACAAUUGCAUUUCAAAUGAUCACACUAAUGUAAAGUAAAUAAUAAUCAGUGAAGAGAUAAUGGCAUUAAUAAAUGUAGCAUAAUGUUAUAUAUACAUUCACAAUCUAUGGGCAAAUUAUGCAAAUUGUGUCUGUUUCAGUCAUGAUGCUAGUUAAUGUAAUGAUAUAGUGAGAUGAAGUCUCAUUCAGCCAUAGAUGACUAUUCUGUACUUCUGAUUUGUAACCACUCUCACCAGACGUCCAGAACGCUUGUGUCCCUACUGUCUCAACUCAGUCCAUAAAGUAUCAUUAACAUAAUGUUGAAAGCAUGACUGUUCAGGCCCUUACUUCUUCAGACGGACAAUGGUUAUAAUACCAUUUUGCAAUGUCUUUCUCCUUGGAAUAACUAAGAAAACUGGGGGUAAUAACUCUUACGAAAAUGUAAAUUAAGUCUUGACAGAUAGUAAAUGAAAGCUAUUUAAAAGGAACUUUAAAUUGCACCCUGAUGUUACCUCCUGCAGCUUUUCAUCUCAGAACUUCUAGAAAUGUACACUUUGGUAGUAAAUAUCAAAACGGCAUUUUCCUAAGAAAUAGCACUUGAAUUAGAAUCCUAGGUUUUAGUUUCAUGUACAUUUUAUUUUAGUACCAAAAACCAAUUAUGACCCAGUAUUUGACUAGUUAUUCCCAGUUAAAUUCUUUGCAAGAUUCUGCUGUUCACAUUUAGGAACUCAUGUGUUUCACCACUUUUAAUGCAUCUGUGUUCAAUCAGAUUUUAUUUUCCUCAUAUUAACAGGCCCAUUCACAAAGCACAUAGGCUUUAGCAACCUAGCAGCCUUUUUUGAUCGAUCACUCAUGUCGUUUACCUAGUUUAUUGUCUACCAAUAUCUUUAUCAAGGUGACAGAAAGAGUGGUGUUUCACAAAAGGCUUUCAAAGUUACUCAAUACCAAAUGUGAUGGCUGGUUCGGACUGGGCUUUACUGCCUCAUACAUGCUCUGAGAUUAAUUGUCUUUACACUUAAUUGUCUUCUCACGCUGUGGCUGUGGGUUCAAAUUACGCACAUUUCUAAAAUCUUGAGCUAAUUCUGUGAAUUGGUGUUUUUAUGGAUUUACAUCUUUGGGAUUGAUAUUUUCCUAUUCUAUAGUCUUAAAGUUGUAUAAAAUGAGCUCUUGAAAAAUAACCAUCUAAAACGACUUUAAACCAAACAAUGAACACCAUGCCACUGUGUACUAACCUAUAUUUGCACUUUAAUGAUAGUUUGUGUAAUGUUGAAAGUAGAAAAAUGAUGUUUGAAAUAACUGCUGUAUGAACUGCAACAACUUUGUCACAUCAGAUGCAUACUAUUCUAUUAUAUGAGCUUUGGUUUUGAUGAUUUGGAAAAAUCUCUUAACCAUCAGCUUUAAAUAUGUUGCUAUGUCAGAUUCGGACAACACCCUUUAUCCGCCAUCAUAUGGUUGUAAACUGUGGUCAGUUCUCUAUAAUAUCCAUGAAACCCAAAUGGACCAAGAGUCCUUCAUUGCGAUGCAUCUGAUGUGGCCCAUCAUUACAUCCCACCCUUAUCGUGCCUUGCCUGUUGAAACGUUAAUCUUUCUUCCUUCCUGUUUUUAUUCCUGACAUGUUUUAUUCCUCACAUGUUUUUCCCACAUCAUGGUCACAUCACUUUAUUUUGUCAGUCGCAUCACAAGAAAACUGCCGCUCUCAAAGACAAAUGCUACUAAUCCUAAUAGAGGAUGUAUUUUACUCAUCCAUUAGGCUGACUGACCUCUUUCUUUCCAUUCCUCUCUGAAUAAGAAAGAAUUCAGGGCUUUGGUUUGCUGAGGUUCAUGCUGACGUAUGGUUCCAUUAACCUACUUUUCAGCAGCACCUUCUACCAUGUUAGUUAUGAGAGGGUUGUCCAUAAUGGACCAGCAACAGCAAAGGGUGAAGACAAGAGAAUGGAGGACAAUGUCCAAUAUCAGUAAAACCUUGGAUUAGUGCUCCUUGGCCACAACAAUAACACAAUGAAUGAUGAUAACUGACGGAAAAUUGAAUAUUGCAAAGUGAAUCAACAAGUUGGCUGUUUAUGCCUUUUCCUUAUCAAGGGAGCUACUUAUUUUAGUUGAUUUUUAACUGAAAUACAUACCCACGCAACCAAUCCAAGACAUUACUGAUAUUUGUAUAGUUCUCCUACCUAGAAUCCUUGUCUUGCUUGGUAAAAUCUCUCAUGGUUUAGCCAUGUAGUAUUAUUUUUAUAUACAAAACUAGCAACAAAUGUUAGUUUUUUUUUUUAUCUUACAGUGGCAGGCACAUUAUUAGUAGACUUAAUUGUAUACAUUUUUCAUUGUUCUGAUAACAGUACCUCCUUUUGACUAUUUAGACAUUAUUUCUGAACUACCUCUGCCACACACCACGUAUCACAUCUCCAUAAAUGCUGACCAGUAUUAUUCUAUUAUCAUUUCAAGAAACCCAGUAAACCUGGCAGUGUUAAAACUGAACGAGCAGGGCCUGUUGGACAAAUUGAAAAACAAAUGGUGGUACGACAAGGGCGAGUGCGGCAGCGGGGGAGGUGAUUCCAAGGUCAGCCCCAGUAUGAGAAACCUAGCAGGGUAACCACAACGAUGGGGGGUAACCGGCAACGUAACUUCAAAAACACAUCGGCUGCAAUAUCACAAAUCCCCCCUUCGUCCUAGUUGACGUUAGUUUGUGUAAACGUGGAACUAUAUUGUAUGAUGAAUUCUUCAAAAAAAACGUGCCGUUCACUUUCAAAUUAGUUGUAUUAGCAAUCCCCAAGUAGCACCGUUUCGUGUACGUUUUCUCAAGUACUGUCUUUAUAGAGCAACAAUAAUUGACAGGUUUGCAUAUCCGAGUGUUUACAUUUUGCCGGUUACCCAAAGUGAUAUAGUAAUACACAUCUUGCAGUAGGGGAGAAAGGACACAAAGCUAGAUGGAGUAUUAAUGCAUAUCACUUUGGCAGUGACAGUUUCAAGUUGUGAUUGUGUUCUUUUGUUCUUUUUGGAUCUGUCUAGACAUGUACGUAGAACAUAUCUAGACAUAAUAAUGGGGUGUCUGUUUACUAUGUGCUGAAUAACAUAAGAUAACAUGGGUAAUGUUAUUUAUGUCAUUUCCUGGUUGAAGAAUCCCCGUAAACCUAGCGGUGUUGAAACUCAAUGAGCAAGCCGUCUUAGACAAACUGAAAAACAAAUGGUGGUACGAUAAGGGAGAGUGUGGAAGCAAGGACUCCGGAAGAAAGGUCAGUCCAUGUGUUGGUCCUAUACUUAACACCAAGAUUGAGCAUUAGCACUUCUGUAAGGUCCCUCGUCCCCUCGUUCCCUCGUCCCCUCCCUCUUCCUCUUCCUCUUUCUCUCCAAUCUGCCAUUUAUUCUAAAACUGGUGUCCUUGUAACUGUGAUUUCAUGUCAGCCCUGGAACUCAGACACCUUUAGUGAUUUUAGUGAUAAUUGCUGUGUCCUCACCUGCUAUGGAUUAGUCAGUGGCCCGUAAUUAGAUCUUGGUAAAUAGCUUGUUUCGUCUAAACCAACAAGUAUACCUAGGGUUGUAUUCUCUUCUCCAAAAUGUGUCUAGCUAAAGAUGAUGAGCCAAAAAAUUUUUAACUGUAUAGUGUAUGAAAAAACGCAGUUACUGUCAGCGCUAAUACACUUGUUUUCCAGUGUCUGGGAUAUUCUACAGACAUCUACAGACAAAGUAUUCACAGUUUUCUGAAUUAAUAGAAUUUUGAUUUAUUUGUGAUUUUAACUUUCAAAGUCAAAUAAAGAGACACACGGGUAAAUGACGGUGUGGAGAGAAAGCCCUUUAUACGAGUCCUCCUCCAGAACUGGAUCUCCUCUCCUUUAGUGCUGUUUUCCUUGUCUCUGUCUUUAGACAGUGUGCAUGCUAUUAGAUGAGACCUAAGACACGGCCACCAAACCUAGACUACGCAUGUCACGGAUGUGCACAAACCCUCUUGUGAUGUCAUGGCAACCAUGGCUUGUCGAACCAAUUGCCCUCCCUUAUUUGGUGCAUUUAUUUGAAAAUCAAAUGAUAUUUUAUAAAGAUACCCCUACCUAUGAAGUAAACCUAAAACAAAGUUGACCUUUUCCUCUUGCAUGGUUCCGCUCUAUGAGAAUCCAGUCUUGGAAUGCUUUAGAAUACACAACACCAACCACAUACAGUGGGGAGAACAAGUAUUUGAUACACUGCCGAUUUUGCAGGUUUUCCUACUUACAAAGCAUGUAGAGGUCUGUAAUUUUUAUUAUAGGUACACUUCAACUGUGAGAGACGGAAUCUAAAACAAAAAUCCAGAAAAUCACAUUGUAUGAUUUUUCAGUAAUUAAUUUGCAUUUUAUUGCAUGACAUAAGUAUUUGAUACAUCAGAAAAGCAGAACUUAAUAUUUGGUACAGAAACCUUUGUUUGCAAUUACAGAGAUCAUACGUUUCCUGUAGGUCUUGACCAGGUUUGCACACACUGCAAUAGGGAUUUUGGCCCACUCCUCCUUACAGACCUUCUCCAGAUCCUUCAGGUUUUGGGGCUGUCGCUGGGACUUUCAGCUCCCUCCAAAGAUUUUCUAUUGGGUUCAGGUCUGGAGACUGGCUAGGCCACUCCAGGACCUUGAGAUGCUUCUUACGGAGCCACUCCUUAGUUGCCCUGGCUGUGUGUUUCGGGUCGUUGUCAUGCUGGAAGACCCAGCCACGACCCAUCUUCAAUGCUCUUACUGAGGGAAGGAGGUUGUUGGCCAAGAUCUCGCGAUACAUGGCCCCACCCAUCCUCCCCUCAAUACGGUGCAGUCGUCCUGUCCCCUUUGCAGAAAAGCAUCCCCAAAGAAUGAUGUUUCCACCUGCAUGCUUCACGGUUGGGAUGGUGUUCUUGGGGUUGUACUCAUCCUUCUUCUUCCUCCAAACACGGCGAGUGGAGUUUAGACCAAAAAGCUAUAUUUUUGUCUCAUCAGACCACAUGACCUUCUCCCAUUCCUCCUCUGGAUCAUCCAGAUGGUCAUUGGCAAACUUCAGACGGGCCUGGACAUGCGCUGGCUUAAGCAGGGGGACCUUGCAUGCACUGCAGGAUUUUAAUCCAUGACGGCGUAGUGUGUUACUAAUGGUUUUCUUUGAGACUGUGGUCCCAGCUCUCUUCAGGUCAUUGACCAGGUCCUGCUGUGUAGUUCUGGGCUGAUCCCUCACCUUCCUCAUGAUCAUUGAUGCCCCACGAGGUGAGAUCUUGCAUGGAGCCCCAGACCGAGGGUGAUUGACCGUCAUCUUGAACUUUUUUCUAAUAAUUGCGCCAACAGUUGUUGCCUUCUCACCAAGCUGCUUGCCUAUUGUCCUGUAGCCUUGUGCAGGUCUACAAUUUUAUCCCUGAUGUCCUUACACAGCUCUCUGGUCUUGGCCAAUGUGGAGAGGUUGGAGUCUGUUUGAUUGAGUGUGUGGACAGGUGUCUUUUAUACAGGUAACGAGUUCAAACAGGUGCAGUUAAUACAGGUAAUGAGUGGAGAACAGGAGGGCUUCUUAAAGAAAAAUUAACAGGUCUGUGAGAGACGGAAUUCUUACUGGUUGGUAGGUGAUCAAAUACUUAUGUCAUGCAAUAAAAUGCUAAUUAAUUACUUACAAAUCAUACAAUGUGAUUUUCUGGAUUUUAGUUUUAGAUUCCCGUCUCUCACAGUUGAAGUGUACCUAUGAUAAAAAAUUACAGACCUCUACAUGCUUUGUAAGUAGGAAAACCUGCAAAAUCGGCAGUGUAUCAAAUACUUGUUCUCCCCACUGUAUCAUUCUGAUAGUGUGAAGCACUCUCCCUCGAAAAAGAGAUUCUCAUCUCAAGGGACUUCCUGGUUCAGUAAAUGAUCAAAAAACGAACCAGGGGAUAUAGAAUGGAAUGAACGUAAGUGUUUUUAAUGCAAAUGUGAUUUUGAAUGACUGGACAUUAUGUCUGAUAUAAAAGACACGUGUUACCUGUAAAUGCACAUUAGUCAGCUACUUUCUAAAGCUAUGUUCACGCCAAGCCUGUUACAUGUGCAUGACUCUGCAUGUUUCUGUCAGUCUUAGAUAUGUACUGUAUCAAGUAUGUUGUUGAUCGUAGUAACUUCAAUUAGAAAGAUAUGUCAGCACCUCUCUAGGAGAUUGAAACAAUAACUUGUUGAUUUAUCAUGAAGGUGCACUUAACGGUAUGUGCCGUAGGAGUUCACGAUGACAGUAGUGAGACCAGUAGUUGAACGGUUACGUUACACUUCCUUUAUCCUAGUGUGCUGUGGUUUGUCUCUUGGGCGUGGUUCGGUGCUUCUCACCCUGUGUCUCUGGGCCUGUAGGACAAGACCAGUGCUCUGAGCCUCAGCAAUGUGGCUGGGGUGUUCUACAUCCUGAUUGGAGGGCUGGGGCUGGCAAUGCUUGUGGCCUUGGUCGAGUUCUGUUACAAGUCCAGGAUUGAGUCCAGGAGGAUGAAGGUAAGCUAAAUGGAGGACUGCAGCCAAAACCCUGGCCGUGAACCCACUCGCCGAAGGUGUCUCAGGGGGAGUUGGGAUAUGCAAAAAACAGAUUUUCAAUUCACACGUGCAUAUUAAUACACACUUGUACAGAUGUAGGAUCUUAAUUUGAUCUCUCUUUUGUUGAUGAGAAUCUUCCUGCACAACAGGAAAUGCAAACGUGUAGUGUAAUCAAGGUUUGGAAAGGCUUCUAAAGUUUGUAAUUUACACAUUAAAAUAUCAGACUUGAUUUGCCCUAACCUAAAAUGUAUCAACCCCUACAUGAAAUAUCCAUUGAUUAUAAUCCACAUAAUAAUUCACAUUUCCUGUUGCUGCAGGAUUAUUUUCCUGCUGUAACAAACUGUCUAAAAUUAAUAUCCUACAUGUGUACAUGUGUGAAAUGGAACAAAUAUAAGCACCCGUUUAAUUAUAUUUAUUUUUUAUUAUUAUAACCUUUAUGCAAUGACAAAGGCUCUAUGAUAUAAUAACAUACAGUAUGUAUGACUCUAACUUGGCAAUCAUUAUUAUCUACAUCUGCCGCCUAUAUGACUCCCACAGAGAUACUGUUAAAACCCCUGAACUACAGAGAUACUGUUAAAACCCCUGAAAUACAGAGAUACUGUAAAAACCCCUGAACUACAUUUACAUUUACAUUUACGUCAUUUAGCAGACGCUCUUAUCCAGAGCGACUUACAGUUAGUGAAUACAUAUCUUUUUUUUUAUACUGGCCCCCCGUGGGAAUCGAACCCACAACCCUGGCUACAGAGAUACUGUAAAAAAAACUGAACUACAGAGAUACUGUUAAAACCCCUGAACUACAGAGAUACUGUUAAAACCCCUGAACUACAGAGAUACUGUUAAAACACCUGAACUACAGAGAUACUGUUAAAACCCCUGAACUACAGAGAUACUGUUAAAACCCCUGAACUACAAAGAUACUGUAAAAAACCCUGAACUACAGAGAUACUGUAAAAAACCCUGAACUACAGAGAUACUGUUAAAACCCCUGAACUACAGAGAUACUGUUAAAAACCCUGAACUACAGAGAUACUGUUAAAACACCUGAACUACAGAGAUACUGUUAAAACACCUGAACUACAGAGAUACUGUUAAAACACCUGAACUACAGAGAUACUGUUAAAACCCCUGAACUACAGAGAUACUGUUAAAACCUCUGAACUACAGAGAUACUGUUAAAACCCCUGAACUACAAAGAUACUGUAAAAAACCCUGAACUACAGAGAUACUGUAAAAAACCCUGAACUACAGAGAUACUGUUAAAACCCCUGAACUACAGAGAUACUGUAAAAACUCCUGAACUACAGAGAUACUGUUAAAACACCUGAACUACAGAGAUACUGUUAAAACACCUGAACUACAGAGAUACUGUUAAAACACCUGAACUACAGAGAUACUGUUAAAACACCGGAACUACAGAUAUACUGUUAAAACACCUGAACUACAGAGAUAAUGUACAUCCCCUUGAACUACAGAGAUACUGUGCAUCCCCCUGAACUACAGAUAUACUGUUAAAACACCUGAACUACAGAUAUACUGUAAAAACACCUGAACUACAGAGAUACUGUUAAAACCCCUGAACUACAGAUAUACUGUUAAAACCCCUGAACUACAGAUAUACUGUAAAAACACCUGAACUACAGAGAUACUGUUAAAACCCCUGAACUACAGAGAUACUGUAAAAACACCUGAACUACAUAGAUACUGUAAAAACACAUGAACUACAGAGAUACUGUUAAUACCCCUGAACUACAGAGAUACUGUAAAAAACCCUGAACUACAGAGAUACUGUUAAAAACCCUGAACUACAGAGAUACUGUUAAAACACCUGAACUACAGAGAUACUGUUAAAACACCUGAACUACAGAGAUACUGUUAAAACCCCUGAACUACAGAGAUACUGUUAAAACACUUGAACUACAGAGAUACUGUUAAAACACCUGAACUACAGAGAUACUGUUAAUACCCCUGAACUACAGAGAUACUGUAAAAACACCUGAACUACAGAGAUACUGUUAAUACCCCUGAACUACAGAGAUACUGUUAAAAACCCUGAACUACAGAGAUACUGUUAAAAACCCUGAACUACAGAGAUACUGUUAAAACACCUGAACUACAGAGAUACUGUUAAAACACCUGAACUACAGAUAUACUGUUAAAACCCCUCAACUACAGAGAUACUGUUAAAACACUUGAACUACAGAGAUACUGUUAAAAACCCUGAACACAGAGAUACUGAACACACAGAUACUGUACAUCCCCCUGAACUACAGAUAUAAUGUACAUCCCUCUGAACCAUAGGACUGAAGACUGAAGCACUUUGUCAGGCAGAGAGCUGUUUUAAUGAAAGGUUCCAUGCAAUCAGCUACUGACCCUACAGCUACUAGAUGACUGUGAUUUGGGUAAUUGUGCUGAAGAGUUAUGUGUGUGAGGAGAAUAUGUCACACCACGUCUUAGUUAUACAGUAUUUAUUAUUCUGUUGUGUACUGUAUCGUCUGAGGUAUUAGAGACACCUGCCUUUUUGUUUGUAAUCUCCAUCUUUGAUGACCUAGAUUUGAUUGAAAGCAAUCGCAUAAUAGCUGCCAGAUGCAUGUGAUCAUGCUACAGUAUACAGUAAUUUCCUAUUUAGAUCAAAUUUCAUUUUACCAGAUAAUUAGUUCAGACUUGUGUAUGACUUUCAUUUACAACUUCUCAUUAUCCUCAUGAACUUAAUGCUUCAUAUUUUUUUCAAUGUAUUUAUUUAUAAUAAAAAAAAAAAAUUAAACGAACAUCCAAAUGCAGUAGACUGUAAUUAGAUGGGGUUGUUUACUGCAUCAGAAGACAUGAAACCAGGGACUUUCUUUGCAUAUGAGCAACAGAAGUGAUUUAAUGUCAUGAUGAUAUCUUAAUGUGUAUAUGAUACAUCACUGCUGUACAUGUUCAGCUCCAGCAUAAACAGACAGAUUCACAUAACUGCUGUGUUUAACGUAUCACAGCCACAAAUCGCUGCUGCCAGUAGACCAAUUAGUCUGCAUCAGCCGAAAGAGCAUAAUCCUCGGGAUCUAUUGAAGUGUGCUUGAUUUAAAUCAUUUAUACACUGAGGAUGUACAAGCCAACAUCCAGAUCAUUAGCUCCAGUUUCAAGCCUACAGGGUUUCAUUAUGUUAAACUAAUGCAGAAGAGAGUAGGCUGGGAGCUAGCGCCUCGCGGUUCUGCUUGCGCUAUUGUUAUGGGUUCGGCCUCAUAUUUUGCAUGGUACAAUUAUUGCACAUGGCUCUCCACUGUGUGAAAUAAACAGAGAGCAAUGAGCAGAGAGAAUGAGUUCAGUCUCAUCUUUCACAAGAGUUUACGAAGGAAUAAAAUCAAUUGAGUGACAUAGCACAGAAGUCAGGUUUGGCUGUUUGCAAAUCCCUGUUUUAUACCAAGUAACUGAACCAAUAAUGACAACGGCUGUUUCAAGUACAUUUUUGUUUAUUAAAGCAUUACCGAUGGACAUGUCUGUCAUAUAUUGAACUCAGUAAAGGAAAAUGAACCCAGUAGAGUUCAGUAGAUGAACUCAGUAGAGAUCAGUAGAGUUCAGUAGAUUAACUCAGUAGAGUUCAGUAGAUUAACCCAAUAGAGUUCAGUAGAUUAACUCAGUAGAGUUCACUAGAGUUUAGUAGAUUAACUCAGUAGAGUUCAGUAGAUGAACUCAGUAGAGUUCAGUAGAUUAACCAAGUAGAGUUCAGUAGAUUAACCCAGCAGAGUUCAGUAGAUUAACCCAGCAGAGUUCAGUAGAUUAACCCAGCAGAGUUCAGUAGAUUAACCCAGCAGAGUUCAGUAGAUGAACCCAGUAGAGUUCAGUAGAUGAACCCAGUAGAGUUCAGUAGAUGAACUCAGUAGAGUUCACUAGAGUUCAGUAGAUUAACUCAGUAGAGUUCAGUAGAUUAACCCAAUAGAGUUCAGUAGAUUAACUCAGUAGAGUUCAGUAGUAACUCGUAAGUCAGUAGAUUCAGUAGAUUACCAGUAGAGUUCCAGAGUUCAGUAGAUUAACCCAGUAGAGUUCAGUAGAUUAACCCAGUAGAGUUUCAGUAGAUUAACCCAGUAGAGCUCAGUAGAGUUCAGUAGAUUAACCCAGUAGAGUUCAGUAGAUAAUCAGUAGAGUUCAGUAGAUCAGUAGAUACCCAGUAGAGUUCAGUAGAUUAACCCAGUAGAGUUCAGUAGAUUAACCCAGUAGAGUUCAGUAGAUUAACCAGUAGAGUUCAGCCAGUAGAGUUCAGUAGAUUAACUCAGUAGAGUUCAGUAGAGUUCAGUAGAUUAACUCGUAGAGCUCAGUAGAGUUCAGUAGAUUAACCCAGUAGAGUUCAGUAGAUUAACCCAGUAGAGUUCAGUAGAGUUCAGUAGAUUAACCCAGUAGAGUUCAGUAGAUUAACCCAGUAGAGUUCAGUAGAUUAACUCAGUAGAGUCAGUAGAUUAACCCAGUAGAGUCAGUAGAGUUCAGUAUAUUAACCCAGUAGAGUUCAGGUAGAUUAAACCCAGUAGGUUCAGGUAGAUUAACCCCAGUAGGUUUCAGUAGAUUCAACCCCAGUAGAGUUCCAGUAGAGUUCAGUAGAUAACCCAGUAGAGUUCAGUAGAGUCAGUAGAUUAAACCCAGUAGAAGUUCAGUAGAUUAAUACCCAGUAGAGUUUCAGUAGAUUUAAUAACCCAGUAGAGGUUCAGUAGAGUUCAGUAGAUUAACCCAGUAGAGUUCAGUAUAUUAAACCCAGUAGAGUUCAGUUAGAUUAAACCCAGUGAGUUCAGGUUAGAUUAACCCAGUUGGAGUUCCAGUAGAGUUCAGUAGAUUAAACCCAGUAGAUUCAGUAGAGUUAGUAGAUUAACCCAUUAGGAGUGCAGUAGAUUAACCCAGUAGAGUUCAGUAGCUUAACCCCAGUAGAGUUCAAGUAGAGUUCAGUAGAUUAACCCAGUAGAGUUCAUUAUAGUUCAGUAGAGUUCAGUAGAUAACCCAGUAGAGUUCAGGUAGUAUUAACCCAGUAGAGUUCAGUAGAGUCAGUAAUACCCAGUAGAGUUCAGUAGAUUCAGUAGAUUAACCCAGUAGAGUUCAGUAGAGUUCAGUAGAUUAACCCAGUAGAGUUCAGUAGAGUUCAGUAGAUUAACCCAGUAGAGUUCAGUAGAGUGUCAGUAGAGUUCAGUAGAUGAACCCAGUAGAGUUCAGUAGAUUCAGUAGAGUUCAGUAGUGACCAUAGAGUUCAGUAGAUGAACCAGUAAUUCAGUAGAGUUCAGUAGAGUUCAGUAGAUGAACCCAGUAGAGUUCAGUAGAGUUCAGUAGAUCAGUAGAGUUCAGUAGAGUUCAGUAGAUUAACCCAGUAGAGUUCAGUAGGUUCAGUAGAGUUCAGUAGAUGAACCCAGUAGAGUUCAGUAGAGUUCAGUAGAUUAACCCAGUAGAGUUCAGUAGAGUUCAUAGAUUAACCCAGUAGAGUUCAGUAGAGUCAGUCAGACCAGUAGAGUUCAGUAGAUUAACCAGUAGAGUUCAGUAGAGUUCAGUAGAUUAACCCAGUAGAGUUCAGUAGAGUUCAGUAGAGUUAACCAGUAGAGUUCAGUGAGAUUAACCCAGUAGAGUUCAGUAGAGUUCAGUAGAGUUCUAGAUACCCAGUAGAGUUCAGUAGAGUUCAUAGAUUAACCCAGUAGAGUUCAGUAGAUUACCCAGUAGAGUUCAGUAGAGUUCAGUAGAUUAACCCAGUAGAGUUCAGUAGAGUUCAGUAGAUUAACCCAGUAGAGUUCAGUAGAGUUCAGUUAUAGAUUAACCCAGUAGAGUUCAUAGAUUAACCCGUAAGUAGAGAGUUCAGUAGAUUAACCCAGUAGAGUUCAGUAGAGUUCAUAGUUAACCCAGUAGAGUUCAGUAGAGUUCAGUAUUAACCCAGUAGAGUUCAUAGAUUAAUCCAGUAGAGUUCAGUAGAUUAACCCAGUAGAGUUCAGUAGAUUAACCCAGUAGAGUUCAGUAGAGUUCAGUAGAUUAACCCAGUAGAGUUCAGUAGAGUUCAGUAGAUUAACCCAGUAGAGUUCAGUAGAUUAACCCAGUAGAGUUCAGUAGAUUAACCCAGUAGAGUUCAGUAGAGUUCAGUAGAUUAACCCAGUAGAGUUCAGUAGAGUUCAGUAGAUUAACCCAGUAGAGUUCAGUAGAUUAACACAGUAGAGUUCAGUAGAGUUCAGUAGAGUUCAGUAGAUGAACCCAGUAGAGUUCAGUAGAGUUCAGUAGAUUAACCCAGUAGAGUUCAGUAGAGUUCAGUAGAGUUCAGUAGAUUAACCCAGUAGAGUUCAGUAGAUUAACCCAGUAGAGUUCAAUAGAGUUCAGUAGAUGAACCCAGUAGAGUUCAGUAGAGUUCAGUAGAUGAACCCAGUAGAGUUCAGUAGAUGAACCCAGUAGAGUUCAGUAGAUGAACCCAGUAAAGUUCAGUAGAGUUCAGUAGAGUUCAGUAGAUUAACCCAGUAGAGUUCAGUAGAUUAACCCAGUAGAGUUCAGUAGAGUUCAGUAGAGUUCAGUAGAUGAACCCAGUAGAGUUCAGUAGAUUAACUCAGUAGAGUUCAGUAGAUUAACUCAGUAGAGUUCACUAGAGUUCAGUAGAGUUCAGUGGAGUUCAGUAGAUUAACCCAGUAGAGUUCAGUAGAGUUCAGUAGAUUAACCCAGUAGAGUUCAGUAGAGUUCAGUAGAGUUCAGUAGAUUAACCCAGUAGAGUUCAGUAGAGUUCAGUAGAUUAACCCAGUAGAGUUCAGUAGAUUAACACAGUAGAGUUCAGUAGAGUUCAGUAGAGUUCAGUAGAUGAACCCAGUAGAGUUCAGUAGAGUUCAGUAGAUUAACCCAGUAGAGUUCAGUAGAGUUCAGUAGAGUUCAGUAGAUUAACCCAGUAGAGUUCAGUAGAUUAACCCAGUAGAGUUCAGUAGAGUUCAGUAGAGUUCAGUAGAUGAACCCAGUAGAGUUCAGUAGAGUUCAGUAGAGUUCAGUAGAUGAACCCAGUGGAGUUCAGUAGAUGAACCCAGUAGAGUUCAGUAGAUGAACCCAGUAGAGUUCAGUAGAUGAACCCAGUAGAGGUCAGUAGAGUUCAGUAGAGUUCAGUAGAUUAACCCAGUAGAGUUCAGUAGAUUAACCCAGUAGAGUUCAGUAGAGUUCAGUAGAGUUCAGUAGAUGAACCCAGUAGAGUUCAGUAGAUUAACUCAGUAGAGUUCAGUAGAUUAACUCAGUAGAGUUCACUAGAGUUCAGUAGAGUUCAGUGGAGUUCAGUAGAUUAACCCAGUAGAGUUCAGUAGAGUUCAGUAGAUUAACCCAGUAGAGUUCAGUAGAGUUCAGUAGAGUUCAGUAGAUUAACCCAGUAGAGUUCAGUAGAUUAACCCAGUAGAGUUCAGUAGAGUUCAGUAGAUUAACCCAGUAGAGUUCAGUAGAGUUCAGUAGAUUAACCCAGUAGAGUUCAGUAGAUUAACCCAGUAGAGUUCAGUAGAAUAACCCAGUAGAGUUCAGUAGAGUUCAGUAGAUUAACCCAGUAGAGUUCAGUAGAGUUCAGUAGAGUUCAGUAGAUGAACCCAGUAGAGUUCAGUAGAUUAACACAGUAGAGUUCAGUAGAGUUCAGUAGAGUUCAGUAGAUGAACCCAGUAGAGUUCAGUAGAGUUCAGUAGAUUAACCCAGUAGAGUUCAGUAGAGUUCAGUAGAGUUCAGUAGAGUUCAGUAGAUUAACCCAGUAGAGUUCAGUAGAUUAACCCAGUAGAGUUCAGUAGAGUUCAGUAGAGUUCAGUAGAGUUCAGUAGAUGAACCCAGUAGAGUUCAGUAGAUGAACCCAGUAGAGUUCAGUAGAUGAACCCAGUAGAGUUCAGUAGAGUUCAGUAGAGUUCAGUAGAGUUCAGUAGAUUAACCCAGUAGAGUUCAGUAGAUUAACCCAGUAGAGUUCAGUAGAGUUCAGUAGAGUUCAGUAGAUGAACCCAGUAGAGUUCAGUAGAUUAACUCAGUAGAGUUCAGUAGAUUAACUCAGUAGAGUUCACUAGAGUUCAGUAGAGUUCAGUGGAGUUCAGUAGAUUAACCCAGUAGAGUUCAGUAGAGUUCAGUAGAUUAACCCAGUAGAGUUCAGUAGAGUUCAGUAGAGUUCAGUAGAUUAACCCAGUAGAGUUCAGUAGAGUUCAGUAGAUUAACCCAGUAGAGUUCAGUAGAGUUCAGUAGAUUAACCCAGUAGAGUUCAGUAGAUUAACCCAGUAGAGUUCAGUAGAGUUCAGUAGAGUUCAGUAGAUUAACCCAGUAGAGUUCAGUAGAGUUCAGUAGAUUAACCCAGUAGAGUUCAGUAGAUUAACCCAGUAGAGUUCAGUAGAGUUCAGUAGAUUAACCCAGUAGAGUUCAGUAGAGUUCAUUAGAUUAACCCAGUAGAGUUCAGUAGAGUUCAGUAGAUUAACCCAGUAGAGUUCAGUAGAGUUAAUGGGUAACUAUCAUGUAUUGUUGUUGUGUAACUCCCUGUGUUAUCCCAUGCAGCAAAUCAUCGAUGCAGCCAUGCUGAGUUCCACCCUGAGCCGGAUGACCAGGACAGGGAGCGGGGGCGAGAACGGACGGGUGGUCGCCCAUGACUUCCCCAAAGCGUCACAGACUAUCCCCUGCAUGAGCCAGGCCGCGGGCAUGUGA